GCCAAUCAGCAGUGAGUGACGUCACGAGCAAGAUCCCUUUAAGGAAGAUAUAGUUGUGUAUAUGUGUAGUUGCUCAGUAGUGGGGACUGGAGAGCACCAUGGCAGAAGGACAGCAUGAGCAGCUGCAGGAGCAGUUUUACAUAGAUCUUCCCAAAGUGGUGAGACAUUUAUUUUAUGGGCUUAGCAAUGGCAUGGUCUUAAAGCAGCCAGGGCUCAGAUUUAAUACUGCUGCUGUGGAUCACAAGUCCCAUGACUCUCAGGCAGAAUGCAGGCUGGCUCAGCCUCAUGGGAAACGUGGUCCAUGACAACUCAAAAGUAAAAUGGUUAGCAAGCACUGCCUUGAAGUGCUGUAGUAUGUGUUGUUUUUUUUUUUAUUCUGUGCAUGUUGUCAGCUGUGGUUUGCAGAGACUGUACAGUAAAUAAACCUAGAUCUGGUUGUUAUGGUUAAUGGUAGAUAUGUGUAGUUUAAUCUGUACAUAUGCACCUGUUGUUUUACAAUUAUCUUUUUCUCAAUAUGGAAGUAAUGUUUAGAGAUUGAGGUGAUGGUUCAGUUAUAUGUGCUAGAUUUACACUUAUUGCCUGGUAAUACAAAAUGUAUAUUAAAGAUUUGCAUUGAUAACAUGUCCAGUAUUUGGUUGAUACACUGGCAUUUGAUGUGAUAACCAUGGCCUGUUAAAGUUUACUUGAAGAGGUAUAUGCAUAUUUCUGUCUCUCUCGAUAUUCUUUGAACAGGAAAUAUGAAUGAACAUAGAAUUGCUGAAAAUGGUAGAUAUAAUUGUAAUGUGAUUAUAAUUCUGUUAGACUUUAAUUGCGCUUAUAUUUUCUUUAUGUGAAAAAGGUUGGGUUUACAUUGGCAUUAACUCCACAUAAUGCUCUUUAUAAAUGUAUGUAUAUAUCAUACAUACAAUAUUGCAUUAAAAAAAAAAAAAAAAAAUUAGUGUUUACCGGGGCGCCUACAUCCUCGCCCCUCUUUACAGAUAUCUCUAGUGAUAUCAAUUCUGUCUGGGCUGGGAAGUGUCAACUAAGAUUCAUUGGCUGGGAAGUGUCAACUAAGAUUCUCUCCCCAUUAAUUCCAUCUAAAUAGAGACUACUCUGACAUGUCAAGUGCAGAAGGGGAACUUCCACAUUAUCAGUAUCUGUGAAUAAAGGUUUUUACCUUUUAAUAGCGGGUUUGUGGCGCCAGGGGUCUUCUGACACCAUAGCCACUACAGCCCACUAUAGGGAUUAUGAUGAAUUAGAAUACUACAGCAACGGCUGCUAUUUGCAGCCGUCUCAAUGAAUUCAUACUUGGAGAGAUGGUGUGGAGAAUCAGGUAGUGGUGUUUAUUGCCUAAAAACUGAAUUACAGUGAACUUUUUUACCCCCACUCUCUCACUCAAUGAUUCAAGACUGCAUUCUAUGGAUCCCCAAAAUAACAACCUGUUUUUUAUUGUGAUUAACACCAAAUAGAAUUUUAAAAUGUUCUCUUCUACCUUAAUAAUAAAAUUUAAAAAAUGAUGGCUGGGCAUCUGAAAAGGCUAGGUAACUUUUUUUUUUUUUUUUUCCCAGGGACAAGAAUAUGUGCCAAAAAGUGGCUUAUCGUUGAAUGGGCAUGAUCUGGAGAGAUAUUAAUAAGAAAAAUUGCAUAUAAUGAUGGUCAAAUCACUUCUUAAAUAAGUUCUACUUUAUUGAUCUUGAAAGUUGAGAUCCUGAUAUAGAAUUGGGCAUUCUAAGAUUCCCAUAGGGCAUUGAAUUGUGGUGAAUUUAAAAUGAAAAUGUAAAAUUUAGGGAGAAAACAUGUUUUUUGGGUUGCAUUGCGUGACAAGUUAACAGAGCAGUCCCAUUGGCUAGGAAGAUACCCAUGCAAUACACCAUAAGGUCAGUGAGUGACAGCUGAUAUGAUAUGUUAUCUUCUUAUCUGUAAACACACAGAACGUGCUUUACAACAAACAAGGUCAUGAUCUAGAAAAGCGUCAGAACAGCAUGCAUUUAGGUUAAAAGGGACAAGCCAGGUCAUAUAUUCAUCAGCUACUUUUUCUUUUGCUGCAUUCUAUACAUAAAUUCAUUUUUCAAAAGUAAUUUCUAUUGCAGGGAUGUCUACAGCCACCACCAGAUGAGAUCAGUCACCCAAUCCAUGGCUUCUUUUUUAUUUCUGUUGAGGGUUUACAGAGCAUAUACUUGUAAACACAGCAUUAUUUUUCUUUAAUAACUGCAUGUACUCCUUUACUGCUCAUAAAAUGUCAUGUCGGAAACAGGGCACAUGUACACCGCAGUUGUAUCUCUGUUGAAACAAAUUAAUAAUUUCUGCUUGCACCUCUACGUAGAAGCCACCAAGUGGCAAAUCACUUGACAACCAUAUUUUGUGGAAUCAUGCCAAAAUCCUCAGGUUCCUGGAGUGAUUCAUUCACAUACACCAUUGUCUUUUUUUAAAUGGGGACCAUCUUGGGUUCUAGCUCUGCAUGGCAAAUAGAGAAUUUACUUCUGAAAUAUAUCUGCGUGACUUGAUUCAGUGGGAACCACCUCACUUUGGUUUUAUCUUGGACCCUCUUGAGAGUGUCCCAACUCUCUGUAAACACUUCUGCUGGCAGACAGGGGCACCCUUCUCGGCUUUACCGAUGUUUGCAAAGCUAGACAGGCUUCUUGAAAACUUCUUUUUUAUGAAGUUGUCAAUUUCUACACCAAUUUCAUAAGCCCAGAAGAAGAAGCCAAGUCUGGAUUCUGGUGAAAGGGUACAAAAUACUCUGGCUACCUUUUUUUUUAUUUUUUUUUUAAAAAAGACAGUGUAGAUCACUAACCAGAUAUGCAACCUUUUUAAUCAAUUAAUCACAGAAAAUUAGCAUUCCUUUGAAAAACAGAAUAUUUAGCUGUGGCACCUUGGAUCUUUUUGGGAUUCUUUACUCUUCAGCAAAGGUAGACCUUAUAGGCUCAAUACUACAACACCUACCUAAAUUCACUGAGCAUGCUCGGAUGGGAUGGAGACGGCUUAUUGGUUUCCUUCCACUUAACAGAAGUUGGUAAAUGUGGACGUUGUAUUUACCUUGGGGCUACGCACCUGGAACUGGAGACAAGCAGUAGCAAUGAACAUCUCUUGCCAGGAUUUAAAAAAUUCUAUAAAUGUUUCCCCUAUAUUUAACAAAUAUUUGUUUGUGAGAGCUUCUACAAAUUAUAUAUAGAAAUCCACGUUAUUUAACUGUCAUGGAAAUGAGUGGCACCAUCAUGGCUCAUUUUAAAGGUGAAGUCGCACAUAGAAUUAUGCUGUCAGAAGAAACAACAAAAACUCUAUAUGUCAUAUUUAUAUAUCUUACACUUGCAUUAAAUUAUACUUUGUGGAAAAGGUGUCCAUUUCCAUAAAAGCACAAUAAAGUCUGAAAUACAAAGGUUAAAACCAAUUGUUUGAACUUAAUUUGCAUACUCCUAUUGAUCCACAAAUGAUCGGUGGGGGGAGAGGGGGUGGUUUACACACCCCCUACAUUUUUAAGAAAUUUGUAAUUGGUUUUCCUAUGGUAGGCCUUGAUUUAAUAUUCUUGGAAUUGCUUUUUAAACCAUUAAAUGGUUUUUGAUAAACUUUUAAAAUAUUUUUUUUCAAAAUAUUUACGUUAAAAGUCUUUACAAACAAUAUUAAAUAAUUUCAAAUGCUUAACCAAAUACAUAAAUUGAGACCAUAAUAAUACAUUUUUAUAUGCAGAAAUGAAUUGAACUGACAGUGGCUUACAGGGAACAUAGUCAUGUAAAUAUUUGCUGGUGUGUGUGUGAUUCCCAUCCAUCCACCCCCCUUUUGGUAUUAAAGAAAUUAACUUACAUUACAGUACUCACCAUGUCUCUAGCCCUGGGGGUUCUUCUGCUGCACUUGCCCACUCCGCCUUUGAAGACGUGAGCAUGCCUGCUGAUAUCUUUUGCAAUCUGCUCCAAUCAGAUCAUUUUUGUAGAGAAGCAAGGGAUUAGAGAUACAUAUGCGCGGCCAAAUGCUGCAAUCAGCAGAAGAGUGUCUCAUUCAGGCCUCCUCUGUUAUUUACACAAACACAAAACAUUAUUGUGUGAAAUGGAACUCUAGUCCUCUUAUCCCUUUUUCACAUCGCACAUGCCCAUUAAUGUAAUUUCAACAUACCCCUUGGUAUUAUUUUGAAGUUCAUACAGUCCAUCUGCUCAUCCUGGUGGAGCUUUCUGUUUAUCGAACCUUUUUUUUUUUUUUUUUUUUUUUUUUUUUUUUUUUUUGCUUAGUGACGUAAAUAUCUAACAUUUUACUCCAGGCGUAUGUUAUGUAAAAUGUAGAAUUAGACUUUACUCCGCGUAUUGUCUUGCUUUCUUUCUGAAUCAUAUCCAAUAGAUGUCUCUUAUCAACUCAGUUUCAUAGAACUUGUCUCUUGACAAUGUUUUAUUUAUUGCAAAUGUGCAUGUUUGAAGAAAAUGCUAAAAAAAGAGUAACUAAAGUAAAAAUGGUAACCAGAAUGCAGAUCUCUAUGUCCUUGUGUACACAAUAACGCCUCAUUAAAGGGAUUGUCUGGUUGAAACUUGACUCCAUGUUUUUACUGACAAAUUGAUCGUGCAAAAAACAAACCAUUACUUCUUUCUCAGGGUCACCCCUCUCACUUUUACCAAUGUUUGAUAAACUAGACAUACUACUGGAACAUUUGUACAAAGCUGUAAAAUCCUGCAUCUAUUUCAUAAGCCCAGAAGAGGAAACAAAGUCUGGGUGAAAAUCUGGAGAAAUACUCCAGCUACCUUUUUGAAAAACAGGCAGAGAUCUCUCACGGUUCAGAGUGCAAAUCACUAUCCAGAUAUGCAACCUUUUAAUUCUAGAAAUUUUAGGAUUCAUUUGGAAAACUGAAUAUUUACCUCUGGCACUUUUUUUGUUUUUUGGGUGCAUUUCUCAUCCGUGCUUUUAAGUGGUCAUGGUGCUUGAAGUCGGAAUGUGCAGCAUUUUCCUUUGAAACGCUGCACAUACAGACUUUAACCUCUUUGCUGCCGGAGGUCUAACUCCACCUUUGGUUGCGUCAUAGGGGUGAAGGUCUUUAGCCAGCCUGGGGCAAUGUUAUUUCUAAGCAUAUUGGUGUCAGCUUGUUGGUGACAGUCAUCUAAUAGCUGCCUCUGUUUACUUCUUUCCCCGUGCUGUCCACGUACUCCCCAACAUCUCUCACCUAGCAGCCUGGGGGAGUGAUGUCAGGCUGAGGGACAAACUUGGCCCUGGUGCUGGAAUAGAGAUUUGUUUGGGAGCAGGAUAAGGAAUGGUUACUUUAACCAAAACCAGUCUUUGUUUGUUGUUGGUUUUUCUUAAACACUGUUUUUUGGUUGAAGUAACCAUUUAAAUGCCAUUUCUUUACUUGAAAUACAAGCAGUUUUAUUGCUUGUUCCUGUGGCAGUGAUAAGAAAAUAUGCCUUAUAAAGGCAACCAUAGCUUUCCAUGAUUUUUUUUUUUUAUUUUUUAUUUUUUUACUAUAUAUCAAAUAUAUGAAAUUCACAUCAUUGUAUUUAGGUCUAUACUGGAGCUGAGUAACCUCCAUUUUGGCUCCCUGUCAGUAACCAGUAUAAGGUUUUCACCUUCCUGUCUCUGGACAAAGUGUGGGGGAAAUUGAAAACCAGAAAUAUUAGGUUUUUUUUGUUGGAUGUAAUUUUUCCAGUUCUCAUGACAUUUGCGACUAUUUCUAUUUUUCUUUCUUUUUUUUUUUUGCACCAUAUUCCUUCCUGUAAUAUAGAUAUUAUUAUUAUUUUAUUUACAAGUUUGUUGCAUUCACUGUAAAAAUAGAGAGCGUCAAUAAGGAAAUGGCUCAUGUGUUCACUUUUCCUUAAAAUGCAUAUUACCCAACAUUGGGCCCCGGGUUGGCGUUACCCAUAAUGGAUGGGCCUACCCAGAAAGGGGACUAGAUCGUCCACUGAACGGGCAUAUCAGUCUGGCAUCAACACCCCAAAAUGACUGACAGGCUCCAGGCCAGCCCCACUCACAGCAUGCACAGAUCACACGGUCCCAGUGCCCACCCCUCAUUUAAGACCAAAAUAGCCGAGCUGAAAACAGUUGACUAGGAGAUUUCUUUCCAAUUCGGCUAUUUUGGUCUAAAAUUUAAAUUCACUUUGAAUUCCCAGAAAUUCUCAUUCUGAAGAAUAACCCUAUAAAUAUUAUAUUAGCUCUGUGAUCCGCUCCAUAUACAGCUCUCUUAAUAACUGUCAGCAGAAACCGGCUCUGUGAUCCCCUCCAUAUACAGCUCUCAUAAUAACUGUCGGCUCUGCGAUCCCCUCCAUAUCCAGCUCUCAUAAUAACUGUCGGCUCUGCGAUCCCCUCUAUAUACAGCUCUCAUAAUAACUGUCGGCUCUGUGAUCCCCUCCAUAUCCAGCUCUCAUAAUAACUGUCGGCUCUGCGAUCCCCUCUAUAUACAGCUCUCAUAAUAACUGUCGGCUCUGCGAUCCCCUCUAUAUACAGCUCUCUCUUAUUUUUUUUUUAUAUAUAGUUUUCCAGGGCCACAACUGCUGCACUUGAGGUGUUAAUUAGACAUUAGUGAACAGGGGUGUUGAAAUAAUAAAAAUAUUUGUCCAGGGACUUAAGCGUUUGCCCAAUCUACUUGUCAUCCGUGACAAUCGUUUUUUUUGUUGUUUUUUUUAAUCAAAAACGUGUUUUAAAUAAGGUAUUUAUUGAUGGUAAUUUAGGGGACAGACCGAAUAAUGCAAUUAAAGCACCACUAUAGUGCCAGGAAAACACUAGUUUUCCUGGCAUUAUAGUGUUAAUAGGUCUCCCCACCCUCAUGGCCUCCCUCCCUCUGGGCUGAAGUGGGAGGAAGGGGUUAAAAUCUUACCUUUCUCCAGCACCGGGCUUCCUCGGCGCUGGGGACUCUCCUCCUCCUUCCGACGUCAUCGGCUGAUUGCGCAUGCGCUGCAAGAGCUGCAUGCGCAUUCAGACAGCCCAUAGGAAAGCAUUCUCAAUGCUUUCCUAUGGACGCUGGCGUCUUCUCACUGUGAAAAUCACAGUGAGAAGUGCGGAAGCGCGACUAGCGGCUGUCAAUGAGACAGCCACUAGAGGCUGGAUUAACCCAUAUGUAAACAUAGCAGUUUCUCUGAAACUGCUAUGUUUACAGCAGGCAGGGUUAACCCAAGAUGGACCUGGCACCCAGAGCACAUCAUUAAGCUGAAGUGGUUUGGGUGCCUAUAGUGGUCCUUUAACAAAUGCAAGUAGCUGGUGAACUUAAACAGAAUCAUUUCCAAAUGAGAAUUGUAGCUUACUUUAUCAAAAAAUAGAACUAGAAUUAACUGAGACAACCUCAUGAGGCCGUUUAUAUCCAUUGACAUGCUUGGUUAAAGAAAAGGCAGUGCUUACAAUGCUGAACCUACAGGGUCAAUCUCUUUGUUUCAGAACCUCUACAUUAAACUGUAGUGGCUCUGGUGCCUAGAGCUCCCCUUUUAUAAAGAGCUUUAAUAAAUAGCUAUGUAGUUUGUAGGUUAUGCAGUGUGUGUGUGUGUGUGUGUGUGUGUGUGUGUGUGUGUAAGGAACAUAGGGUGAGGUGGGAUAAGGAUGUAGUGUGUAGGUUAUGUAGUGUGUGUAUGGAAUAUAGUGAGGUGUGGGAAAGGGAUGUAGUGUGUGUGUGUGUCUGUGUAGGGAACACGGUGUGGUGCAGUAUAGAGAUUUAGUGUGUGUGUCUGUGUAGGGAACAUGGUGUGGUGCAGUAUAGAGAUGUAAUGUGUGUUUGUGUGUGUGGGGGGGAAUAUGGUGUGGGCAGUGGCGUACACACAAUUCAUGGGGCCCCGGUGCGAAACUGAUCCAUGGCCCCCCCCUGCUCCCCCCUGACACACACACACACACACACACACACACACACACACACACACACACACACACACACACACACACACACACACACACACACACACACACACACACACACACACACACACACACACACACACACACACACACACACACACACACACACACUCACUCUGUUUGUCAACCUCCUGUUUCCUACCUUUUAGGUGCAGGAGGAUGACUUUCCCUGGGAUCCAGUGGUUGCUCAGGCUGGUAGGAGUCAGAGUUCCCACUCUGACUCCCGCACCGUCCCCCGCUUAUAGCUGGGAGGAAGUGAUGGGCAGUUAAUUCCUCCCAGCUGUGAUGUCAUCACAGGGGGCCUGGUCGCGCUGUUAAAGCACCGCAGCGCUGACUCGGGAAUGUGUGGCCAGCCAGGGCCGCAACACAUGGCGGCGGUCGCAGGGGUCCGCAGGGCGGUCGGGCCACCUGGAGUGACGGGCCCGGUCGCAGCUGCGACCCCUGUGACUGCGGUAUGUAUGCCACUGGGUGUGGGAUAGGGAUUGCAGCUCCGUCGGGUGUGAGGUGCAGACUGUGCUGUAACUCGCGAUAUCCUGAAAUCAGAGCGAUGCCAUGGUAAGCCACGACAACACUCUGAUUGGCCAGAGUUCGCGAGAUACAGCACAGCCUGCAGCUCACACCCGGCAGAGUUGCAGACUGUGCUGGCCUUCUCCCUGGGCAUAAUGGACUGAGGACCCAACUAGUCACUCUGCUGCUAGCCCGAAGCAGGGCUAAAAGAAAAAAGAACUACCUGUUAUGCAGUUCCGGGCGAUAGGAAUUGCGCAUCCCUGGUGAAAUUGUUACUGUAAUUUAUUGUUAAAUGCAAUUUUUUAAGACUUUGUGUUGGUUGGUAUCAGUUUUUAAAGGUUUGGAAAAUGUAAACAUUUUUCUACAUUUAUUAAAGUGGCGCAUCCGAUAAAAAAAAAAGAAAAAAAAAAAAAAAAAAAAAGUUAGGGCAGGUUAUAGGUGAUUUUCAAUUAUUUACCCAGUGGUGUAAUUUACAGACAAGUAACAAAUUCUGCUUCAAUAAUCUCUCCAAACCGCAUAACCACUAAAGCCUUCUGUACUGAUUAUGGUGUCAGGUGCCCUGCCAGUAGAAUUUGCCAGCUGCUGGGCGCCCCAGCAUAAGUUGGAUUUGUCUAUUCUCCUAUGCUUGACCAACACACAUCCAUGCUCAGCUGACACUCUCCACAAAUAAUUGUGACUCUGCAUUGCCCUCAUUAGCUAAGUAAAGCUAACUGGAUUGUACUGCUGGGCAAUCCAUGAAGCAGAUAGGCACAUGUGGGUUCCUGGCAGGUGCCAGGUAAGAUGUCCGACAGUUCUAAAAUAGUCUGACUUCAUAACCACUACAGCAAAAAACAAACCGCAAACUCUUCAAACAAAUAUUAGAAAGGUACAUUUCUCAGUAUGUACCAUUGGGUAAUAAAUAAAAAAGAAACAAAUUGAAACCAAUGUAGCUUAGUAGAGAACUAAAACAAUAGAUUAAAAAUAAGAAAAGGGUGCUUAAAUCGGACAAAUCAGAGGCAUCCUAUAUAAGAUAUAAGGAAGCCAAUAAUGCUUGCAAAAAGGCAAUUAAAGUGGCUAAACUAGAAAAUGAGAAAUUGAUAGCCAAAGAUUGCAAAACCAACCCCCACAUUUUUUUCAAGUACAUCAAUUCUAAACAAAAUAAAAGUGUAGGUACACUGGAAACAGAGAUAGGUCUGUGUAACUGAGCUCCCUGUCCCCCGGCUGGGUACCUCCGCCAAGGAUUGCUUCCUAGUUGGAGGACAAACCGCAGCACUUCUGCCCACAAUCGCCGUGGCUUGACUGGGGCACUGGAACAGCUCUCUCUUGGACCCAAAUGGGGAAUUCACUCUAGACACCCCCAGGCACUGGAUGACACUCAGUUCUGGGAGCUCUAGUCCCUACAAGGACUUUCCCUGUUGAACUCUCCACACUGGAACAAUGAUUAAAGAGUAGCCCUUUCCCCUCCCAGUAACCAGACAGCACAUAGUUCUUUGAGUACAAGCUGGAAUCCUUUAAUGGCAGCCAUAACUGGCCUUGUAUGCAUGUCACCAUGCAAGGGGCACAACCGCCAACAUAUCCAAAAAUCACCCAGAUCAGUUCAGGGGUUCAGGAAUUUCCUUGAAGUCAUUUGUUUGACAGACCGCACGCAUGGUCCCAUGCCCAAAACAGUUCAAAAGAAUCGGGGAUUGCGGUCGGUCUAGUUCGGUAGUUUAAAAACGAACAAACUACUGAACAUAGUCAAUAGUCUUACCUUGGAGCUUGUUUCCCUUGUUCGUGGAAACGUAUCCACCGAACAGUGUCUUUCUAAGUGUUGUCGAACCGAAUGCAGGCAAUCAUGGAAGUCCAGAGGUGUUCGGGAGUUUCAGUAUCCGAAAAAAGUUCCAUGAACUCGACGACCAAACCCUGCUGCCUGCGUUCAUGCAAACAAGAUGGUUGCCACCCCAUGCUAAAUUUCAACUUUUGGAUGCAUGAAGGCUUCAAUGUGGAUUAUCGCUUUCAAGUUGAUCACAAGCUAUAUGAUUCCUCUUUGUGACAUUUAUUCGUAAAAUGCCUACAGAGCAGGUUUAUCGGAUAUAUCCGACAUGUGUUGUUUGUUGAUAACUGUUCGGUAGCUGAGUGAUUUUAUUUUACUUUUACUUUUCUUUUUUCUUUGUUUGGGAAGAGCAAAUGAAAGGGGGAGUUCGGAGCCACAAGUCAGUUUUUUAGGAUCCUUCAUCAAAAUUAUAAAGAAAGUGUGAUAAUAGUUGAUUAUGAUAGUAAUAUAAUUGCAUGUUCUUACAUUAUGAUUUGUUGUAGGAACUCCACGCUCAUCUUAAUGGAUCCAUAAGUUCUACAACCAUGAAAAAGCUGGUGUCCAAAAAACCACACCUGCAGAUCCAGAAUGGCAUGACUAUGAUUGACAAAGGCCAGAAACGGACUCUAGAAGAGUGAGUGCAUUACUGAAUGUCAAUUUAUUGGUUAGGUGUUUCACGGCCCUAGUUCAGUAUUUUAAUUGUCUUGGAGAAGUAUCCAUAAAGUACAAUACCCUAAAGAUAAUAAUAAAUCUGCAAAACAAAUAUAGAGGUCUUGGUGAGGAGGAUAACUCUCUUUAUAGGAUACUUCAGUAUACCUUUUAAAAUUGGAGGUAUAAAGGAGGAACACUGGGUGGCAGGGCAUCAAGAAAGCUUGCCAGGGUCACCAUUUGUGUCACAGAUUACAUCAUUUAUUUCAAAUGGUGGUAUUUAAUAAAUUCUUUAUUUUAUUUGUGCAUGUUAUUAACAAAUGGGUUUGCCUUACCACAACAGCAGGAGCAAACCAAACUAUGUACACAUGAAAUCAACAUUAUGGCAUUAAAGACAUUGCACAGAUUUUGUAUUAAGUUGUCAGGAUGAGCAUGUGUAUGAUGGCAUAUUGCGGUACAAGGUGAACAAGAAAAUUAGGUGAUAACUGGUCAUGCCAGGUGAAACUCUCGUAUUGGCUAUUAACAUUAUUAUCUGUACUAGACUUAAGUUAAAGACAAUCAUGUAUAGCUCAGUGCAUAAGAGAGAGUAAACAGAAAAAAAAAAUUGUUAUAAGGGAAAGCAAGUGUCUGAGAGGUAUCCCUGUAGUGAACUGUAGUGAGAGCUGUUAAUGUAGAGCCAACGCUUAUGGGGUCUCCCUCUCUCCUCUGUAGAGGCAGGAUUGGGGUACGCUAUCAACCCUCUAGGGUGAUACCAGAGAGGGGGGGGGGGAGGGUUUGUAUGCUUACAUGUCAUGCAUGGCAAAGAGCACCAAAAUGGUUGGGACCGGUGUGGUCAGUUCUCCGAGCUGGUUAAACACCUGCGUAGGGUGUUCCCCGGUAUGUGACUGUGUGUCGUUGUUGUUGUGGGUGUAUAUGUGGGUCUUUAGGACAAAAAACAAAAUAGUAUGAUAAGGCAAUAAUUAGGUGGUAUCAUUAGGUAAGUCCUGCUAUAGUGAGAGGCUGUCAUUUCCAAGCAGACUUCUGCUUCAGGUUGUAGGUCUGGAUGUUGAGGGGUCACGAGCAGUGCUGGGUAUGAACUCUUGUAUUCUAGCCGGGUCUAUGCGUGCCAGUCCUGAUCCAGCGGCAGUGUCAGGAGAAAUAAAGCCCAGCCUGCUUAGGUGGUCCUCGAGUUCUUGCAGGGUGCGCAUUCGGCAUGAUUCCCCCUGCACCUGAUAUAGGAGAGACCUCGGCAUUCCCCAGUGAUAGGUAAUGUCUCUUGCCCGCAUGAGCUGCAGGAGUGGGCGCAGAGAGCAGCACCAUGCCAGUGUGUUCCUGGUGAGGUCCGGGAAUAUCUGUAUCGUGGCUCCCUCAAAUGGUAUCGGGUUCUUCCCCCUUACUGCUGCGAGGAGAAGGGCCCUGUCCUGCAGAGAUUGGAAGCGAACAUUAAGGUCCGGCAUUGUAGAAGGGGGUGUCACCGUUGGUUUUGGGAUGUGGAACAUACCAUCGAGAUUGAUCGCUUUUGCUUGUUUAGGCGGCAGGUGAGCCGUGAGAAAUCUCUGUAGAAAGUGAGGUAAGUCCAAGACCCCCAGCGAUUCCGGCACACCUCUGAACUUGAGGUUGUACUGUCUCCGCAUGUCUUCAAGUGUGUCUAGUCUGUCUGUUGUAGUGGCCUGCAGCUUUUCAAGCUCUGCUACCCUUUUCUCCACCAUAGACAGUCUGGAGUCGUGGGUGCUGUGCGCCGCCUCCAGCUGGGCAAUUUUCGUCAUUGCAUUCUCCACAUUCUCUUGAAAGUGGGCCAUGUCUCCUGCGAUAUUGGUGCGUAGCUCCACCAGCAUCGCUUUCAGCACAGUUGCAGUGACAGGCUCCCUGUCAUCCAGCUUCCCUGGCAUGGGUCCCGAAUUUAGAUUGGCGGCAUCACCUUCCACCGUGUCAACGGAAUAGUCCUCUGAGGAAUAAGAGGAACCCUCCUCGAGGGCCGCCAUCUUGUCCCACGCGGCCUGUUGUUUGUUGCGGUGCGGAACAGUUCCCCGAUGUCCCGGCUUGGGAAGUCUUUGUCGGCUUUGGGCUUCUUGUUUUUCCGACCCAUUUUGAUUGCUCUGUAGUAGGUAAGGUUUGUAGCCUUCUUGAUUGCCAAAUAUCAGUUUUAAAACAAGCGAAUAUAAUAAGUUAUUGCGGAGCUCGGAGAAAGUGUGUCCGCUCUAGUUCUCUGUCAGGCUCCGCCCCCCGAUUACAUCAUUUACAGCGGAUCAUCCACUGAGCAUUUCUGAAGUACUCUCGUAUGGGUCCAAUGCCAAGAUCUUAUUUUUGGCAUGGCUGGCAAAUCGGAUGAUCCACUCUCAUUGUUUUUUUUUUUUUUUUUAGAACUUGUUUCUGAUGUCCCCAUUGAGUUGUAUGCUUAAAACUGCUAUGUAUUUUUUUCUGUUCAUACUAAUACACAUGUGGAUUUUGCACCAUAAAGUAUGCAAAAUAAAAGGAAAAGCGCAUAUAGUUUUGUGUUCUGGUGCUUUGUGUGUCCCUUCUGUUUGAUCAUUUAUUUAUUAAUUUUAAUAUUGCUAUGAUUAAGAGGAAACUGUGAAUUUGUUGAGAAUUAAGCCACUGCAGAUUUAAGCCUCCUUUAACUUGUUCAGACUUGGCUUUUAAGGAACACUAUAGCAUUAGGAAUACAAACCUGUAUUCCUAUCUCUAUAGUCCCUAGUUCUAUAGUGUCCCUGAACCCCCUCAUGUGUAAUAAAAAUGAAUCAAAUAAUUUUAGUUUUCCAGCACCGUGGGCUCCUUGGCACGGCUCACCUCUCUGCCUCCCGCAACAUCAUUAUCUCUUUCGACGAUGGUCCAAUCCAAUGCUCCUCCUAGAGUAGCAUUCAGGACCUGAUGUACGUAGGAGGCGAGUGCCGCACGAUCAUGCAAGCUUCCCUAUAGGAAAGAAUUGUGUUCAAUGCUUUCCUAUGAGUUUCCCCGUCAUGUGAAUGAGUUUUACUCUGUGCAGCAGAAGAGCCUCUAGUGGCUGUCAGGAAGAACACUAUAGAAUCUAUUUAACCCUGCAACGUAAACAUUGUACUUUCUAAAACAAUGCAUUGUUUUACAUUGCAAGGUUAAAAGGACAGAGCCACUGCACUCAAACACACUCCAUUCAUUAUAGUGUCCCUUUAAUUGAAAGGGAAAAACAUUUGACACAGCAAUGUUAGCACAAUAGAGCGGGUUUUAAUUUAAGCUUUUAACUACAAUGUAAAGUUACGGAGGCUCUAAUUAGUCUGCUCUCAUUCUUUAUUUUCAGCAGUAAAUACAAAACACUUAUAAUUAUAAUUGUACAGUCAUAUAUUCCGGGGUUUAUACACCGUCCCAAGCUCCCUCACCUGGAUUAUACAUGUAUUGUGACUGAGCAUUUUCUACAUAUAUAUUCAAUUCCUUCUGCAUAUGAAUAAUAACAUUUAUGCCCACAUGAAAAGCAAGCUCGGUUAUUGCUAUUUGUUUUUCGAGCUACAUUGUCCGUGUCAGUAUUACAUUUGGAAAGACGUGCCACACAAUUGGAGAAUAUGUUUUGCAUGGCAGAAAAUGCACCACUUACUGGUUAGUUCUGUAACAUUAUCCUUGACUAGUAACAAUUUUUUUUCCAUUGAAUUCACAGAAUUCUGUUUCCAUAUUUUACUCUUUGCAUUUAUUUUGCAGAUGUUUUGAAAUGUUUCGGAUAAUUCACCAAGUUACGGACACGGCAGAGGACAUCUUAUUGGUAAGCCUAUUACAGGGAUAGUAUAGGCACCAAAACAACUUUAGCUUACGGGGAGACUAUAGUUGAAUCGAAAGUAGAAGAAAAUUGUCCAGUCAUUCUAAAGCUCAGCCUGUCACGUUUAUUAUAAGACUGGUUUGACAAAAACCCAAUGUAGGUUCGAAAGGUUGCUGGAAAAAUUUGUUCUAAUAUAUGUACGCUGCUGAGCUUUGGAAUGCUUGGACCUUUUUCUUCUACUUUGAAUUAAAGGACCACUCUAGGCACCCAGACCACUUCAGCUUAACCACUUAACCACUUCAGGUCCAGCUAGGAUUAACCCAUUCUUUUUAUAAACAUAGCAGUUUCAGAGAAACUGCUAUGUUUAUGAAUGGGUUAAGCCUUCCCCCAAAGCCUCUAGCGGCUGUCUCAUUGACAGCCGCUAGAGGCGCUUGCGUGAUUCUCACUGUGAUUUUCACAGUGAGAGCACGCCAGCGUCCAUAGGAAAGCAUUGAUAAUGCUUUCCUAUGCGACCGGCUGAAUGCCCGCGCAGCUCCUGCCAUGCAUGCGCAUUCAGCCCAGGAGGAGGAUCGGAGGCAGAGAGGAGGAGGAGAGCUCCCCGCCCGGCGCUGGAAUAAAGGUAAGUUUAACCCCUUUCCUCGCCAUCCAGCCCGGCAGGAGGGGGACCCUGAGGGUGGGGGCACCCUCAGGGCACUAUAGUGCCAGGAAAACGAGUAUGUUUUCCUGGCACUAUAGUGGUCCUUUAAUGUUUGUGCUAGCCCCUGGCCUAGUGCACCCAAUUACUAUUCAUAUGAAAUGAAUACAAUUCCUUUAAAUCUUAAAGACACACUAUAGUCACCAGAACAACGGGCGGUUAAUGUAGGUGUUAUGGUGUUUAUAGCUUGUCCCUGCAGCCCUUUUCAUGUAAACACUGCCUUUCUACUACUGCCUAAUAACUCGAAUAGUGACAGCCACUCAGACGUUGUUAGUGUGCAGCGCCUACUUGCAGCGCCUACUUGCAGCAUCUCCACGCUCUGCAUGAAGACGCUGAAUGCUCCCAAUAGAGAUGCAUUGAUUCAAAGCAUCCCUAAGUGGAGAUGCUGAUGGGUACAGCAUUGCAUUUCGUCUCACGUGCGCCAUAGCCUCCCAAUGCUUCCUGACGGGAUGGGGACAGCUGCUGUGAGACCGGUGCUGCCUUGGGGAAAAAGGUUCAGUUUAAACACCUUUUUUAAAGUAGAGAGGAGGGCCGGGGAACUAAGCUGUUAUUUUACCACUAUAGUGUCAGGAAUACAUGUUUGUGUUCUUGCCACUAUAGUGUUCCUUUAAUAAAGCAGUUUAGGUGUAUAAAUAAUGUCCCUGCAGUCUCACCGCUCCAUUCUCUGCCAUAUAGGAGUUUAAUCAUUUUGUUUCUGUUUAUGCAGCUCUAGCCACAUCCUCUCUGGCUGAGACUGGUACAGCCAGCAUGACAAAAUUGUUUCAUUUUCAAAACAAGGUCAUACUGACUUUAGUUUGUGUUCCCUGCUCUGUAAAUUGAAAUUGAAUCACACACUGGAGGCUUCUGCAGACUCUAGCACGUUAUUAACAGUGCAGGAGACAGACUGUGCAAUAAAGGAAGUAAACAUUGGAUCUCUCCUUACAGCAAAUGUUUAUGGAGACUGUGUAGGGAUGCAUAAACAACGUAUAUGACUCCUAAGGGCAGAUACUUGAACAGUUAGACUGCAGGGGCACGAUCUAUACACCAAAACCCACUCCAUUAAGCUAAAGAUGUUUUGGUGACUAUAGUAUCCCUUUAGUGAUUCUCAAAGCAAAACUAUACAUUGCUCUGCUGAAAUCAUCAAUAUAUUUAUAGGUUAAAAUAUAUAAUUACAUGAAAAUUGCAUGUUUCUCCACUAAGAUGGAAGCAGGAAAUGAAUGUGUUCACCUGCAUGUACAAUGAUCUGCCUCAAAUUAAUGCUCACAGCAAUCUACUUAGCUUACACUUGCUCCCAAAUGGAAGGAGCAAAUACUGUGAUUGCAUGGAUUCCUGGCUUUUCUUGUGUCCCAAGGACAUGUGUGAAGGAUACUACAUUACGGUAUCAAAUGAAGUGUCUUCUGUUGUAAUAGUCUUCAGAACCUACACCCUGAAGUACGGUCAACUUUGUAUUUUGUAUUUUUGGGGUGUGUGUAUGUGUGUGUGCAUAUGUGUAUGUAUAUAUAUAUAUGUGUGUGUGUGUGUGUAUAUAUAUAUAAUUUUUAAAGCUCUAAUGACUUUCUUACAAGUUUCUUGCCAAUAUGUUUUAAAGGGGCACUCUAAGGACCAUGACCAUACGGAGCACUGUCGGAAGCCACUGGCACCAUCCCACAGUAAUUGGUCACCUACCUGGAUUCUUGCAGCCCUUCUAGUCUUCUGUUAUGUUGCAAACAUGGAGGUUCCUCUCCAGCUUUAUAGAUUAAAAAGAUUAUUAAAUAUGCGAUAUAUAUAUAUAUAUAUAUAUAUAUAUAUAUAUAUAUAUAUAUAUAUAAUUCAUUCCCCCCCCCCCACCCCCCUGCAAUUUUAGAUAUCAUUCAUAGGCUGGAAGUGUCAGCUGAUAUCACAGAAGUAUAGAACCACAGGCACCUGAUAAACUUAGGGCAGUGUGGGAGGGGUCUUCUGACACCAUAAUCACUACAGCCUACUGGAGUUGUUGUGCUGCCUAGAAUGCAAUUUUAAGAUGCAGAUAUUUAUAGAAAUAUUCUUUUGAGAACUUUGCUGUGUAUAUUAAUAUUGUCUUUUAUUUAGGUAACAAAAGAUGUUAUCAGAGAGUUUGCAGCAGAUGGUGUCAAAUAUUUAGAAUUAAGAAGCACACCUAGAGAGUCUCCUUCAGGUACAACAAAUAAUGUUUACUUGUACACAUGUACUGCACAUACAGUUGUUCCUCUAUUUAACAGGAUGUUAUUAUAGUCAAUCAAACAGAUUUGCUUGCCUACAUUAGGAUAGACUUUGGGCACAACGUAUGCAUUGUCACAGUAGCUGCCCAUUCUUGUGUCACUUGUGAUUCUGGACGCUGUAUCAAAGUGCCCAAGUAUAAUAUUUGUGCGCAGUAAUUACUCAAAUGGUGUAAAUGUCAAAAUAUGUUUUUUAACUUAUUCUGGUACAAGCCAGUGGUCUGUCUUGUACCCAGUACAGUGUCCCUAGAUGGUUGUGAUAGUUUGACUUGUCUUGACCUUCCUGUUGUAUCAUCUGUCUUGGUUCUGUCUCAAUGUCUGCUUGUACUUUGUCUAUUUUCUUGUCUCUUUUUGCAUCAAGCCCAGCCACACCAAGGAUCAGUAAUGUGUCUCCUAUUCUGUACAUCUGUUAUUACUAGCUAAGUUGGUUUAAAUACUGCGUGCUGGGCUACCUCUGAAUCAUGACACACAACCUGCUUGUAGAGUAACAUAGCAGCUGGGGGUUAUCUACCUCUGAUCAACCUCCAUAUUUUAUAACUCACAUCGAUUUGGAUAGGAAACUAGAGUAAUCUAAAUAAAUGUUUAUGUAAGAAGCCUUAAUAUGUGGUUGUUUUGUAAACUUGUGUUGCUUUUUACAGGCAUGAACAAAAGAACAUAUGUGGAAACUGUACUUGAAGGGAUCAGACAAUGCAAAGAAGAGGAGUUAGAUAUUGAUGUCCGGUACUUACACUUUUUAUUUAUUUAUUUAUUUAUUUAUUUAUUUUAGGAGCUAUUUUAGGCAUCAAAACAACUUUAGCUUAAAGGACCACUAUAGUGCCCUGAGGGUGCCUACACCCUCAGGGUCCCCCUCCCGCCGGGCUUUAGGGGGUAGAAAGGGUUAAACUUACCUCUUUCUCCAGCGCCGGGCGGGGGACUCUCCUCCUCCUCCUCCUUUCCUCCCUCUUCUUCCGUCACCGGCUGAAUGCGCAUGCGCCGCAAGAGCCGUGCGCGCAUUCAGCCAGUCCAUAGGAAAGCAUUCUCAAAGCUUUCCUAUGGACGCUGGCGUCUUCUCACUGUGAAAAUCACAGUGAGAAGCGCGGAAGCCCUCUAGCGGCUGUCAAUGAGACAGCCACUAGAGGCUGGAUUAUCCCAUAGGUAAACAUAGCAGUUUCUGUGAAACUGCUAUGUUUACAGAAAAAAAGGGUUAAUCCUAGAUGGACCUGGCACCCAAACCACUUCAUUAAGCUGAAGUGGUCUGGGUGCCUAUAGUGGUUCUUUAAUGAAGCAGUUCUGGUGCACACCUUUACUGACAGUGACUCACACAGCCUGCAUGAACAAAUUGGUUUCAUUUUCAGUCAUAUCUCUCUUACUUUAGAGGUUUUUACCUCCUGCUCUGUAACUUGAAGUAUAAUUAAACCGUGAGACUGUAGGAGCAUGAUCUAUACACCAAAGUACCUCUUAAAGCUAAAGUUGUUUUGGUGCCUAUAUGAUCCCUUUAAGUAACAUGUACAAAUAGUACAAAUUCAUUGCAAAAGGACAAGGACAAAAACUAAAUUCUUCCUCCUCAGUACCUGUUGUAAAAAUAAACUUGCAACUACCAUAGUUUAUUGUGGGCCCUGUCACGCGUUACGACUUCUCUGAAAUUUUGAGGGCACAUUAAUGGUGUUUACAAAAAUAUGCACAAAAAGGCCAUGGAUGGAAAAUACACAUUUAUUUUUUUUUUCUUCCGAAAAUAGCAAAUUUAGAGUUUCUUUUGGAGCGUUGACUUUGCAUUGCUGCUUUUGGCCACACAUCUUCCACUUCAUUCAAAUCUCUUUUUUGUUUUGCUAAAAAAAAAUUGUAAAAAAUGCAGCUUUCUACAACAUAACCGUUACUUCUUCUUCACCAACGGCCAAUCACAGCCCUCUUAUUAUCUGCCCAGGCCAGGUCUUGGCAUAAAAGGAGCCACAUUAGGCUCUAUAACCAUUUUAAUAUUAUUAAUUUGGUUAUAAUGCCUUGAGUCUCUGUUUCAUCAAUACGGUUGGCGGGAAGGUACAGUGAUCACCUAGUUCCUACAUGUUUCGUAGGACUGCUACUACCUCAUAUACUGGCGAUAACUGUUUUCAGCCACAUACUCUGAUCAGCCACAACUUUAAAACCACUGACCGGUGAAGUGCUACGCGAUUAUUAUUGUCCGCUGCUCUUCCUCACAAAAUAAUAUUAUGUCGGUUUCUGCGGGGCAAGAUUCCGUACUCCUUUGAGGAGUACAUUCUACUAAGAACCCACUUGGUCCUCACUUCAAUGCCGCCAGUCUCUUAAUUAUGUCACACAACAGCUGCAGACGGACAGAAUGGAAUACAGAUGAGGAGCACCUAGGUCCCUCGUUGUAACUUCUAAUGGGACUGUUCAUAAAUUCUCUACCAGAGACGCAUCCAUUUUUCUUAAGGCUCUGGAACUCUGUAUAUAGUACAGCAGCAGCCAAUCAAUCUACUUCACAUACCUUAGCUACCAUUUAGAUCAGGCUUCUCCAAACUCCGGCCCACCAGAUGGUACUGAACUACAACUCCCAUGAUUCUCAGCCUAUGUAUUUCAUUCAUAGAAUCAUGGGAGUUGUAGUUCAGCAACAUCUGGAGGGCCGGAGUUUGGGGAAGCCUGAUUUAGAUUAUAGAAGGGUUAUAAUAUUUGCUAUUGUAAAAUAACUUUUAUCAACACAGACCUCCAUUCUCUUGUCAUACCUUGGCCACUGGCUAGAAUCAUUUUGCCAUUCUUAUUAUAUUAAAAUAAAACAGGGAUAGAACUCAUGGCGUACAUCCUUUGGCAUAUCGUGUAAUACUCCUUUUGCUUUUAUUGAAACAUGGAUAAACUUUUAAAAUUAUAAAUACAAAUACUUUUAAAGCUUCUCCAACAAUACAUAUAAUUUAAUACAAACAUACAAAAUUAAAGGACCACUAUAGUGCCCUGAGGGUGCCCCCACCCUCAGGGUCCCCCUCCCGCCCGGCUCUGGAAGGGGGAAAGGGGUAAAAACUUACCUUUUACCAGCGCUGGGCGGGGAGCUCUUCUCCUCCGAUCCUCCCCGUCGGCUGAAUGCGCAGGAUUUGGGGGAAGGCUUAACCCAUUCAUAAACAAGAAUGGGUUAACCCUAGCUGGACCUGGCACCCAGACCACUUCAUUAAGCUGAAGUGGUCUGGGUGCCUAGAGUGGUCCUUUAAGCCAUGCGCUCAAACUCCCACUGCUCCUGGGCAGCAGCAAUGACCAUGGUACACAUCAGCCCCAAUACAUUUAAUAAAAACAAAAAAAAAUGUACUUGCACACUAUCCCAAAUCCUUAUGCACAUUUAAAUAACUGGAGUAUUUUUAGUAUCACCCCAAUGGCCUUUCAAUUCUAAGCUCACCUGCCACUCAUUUGAGACCUAAUGUUGCUGUUAAUUUUAUGAUUUCUUAAUAAAUCCGCUAUCCUAUUUGCUUUGAGUGCCUGGAUCACAUUGCUUUUCCUACUUAUAAAAGGUUAAGUGAACGUCAUAAUAUGCUAUGUCACUUUCUGGUCAGGACAGAGCUCACUGUAGAAACCGCAAAGCCUUUUAUUGACUUGUUCUACGCUAAACCAUUGCCAACUGAGUGGUCCAAAAUUCUCACUUGUUGUUUUUAAGUUGUUAAUCGUUUAUUUUACCAUUAUAACAAUAGUGUAUUAUGUGAGAUUUUCUCGCGGGACAUACAAUGAAAACAGUUUAUAGCAGUGUUGGUAAAGGAUAAUUGCAGGGUAUACUUGCAGACUUGUGCGAUCUAUUCGUAUUAUGUGUCGUUUUGUUUUUCUCCAGAUUUUUAUUGGCAAUCGAUAGAAGGGGAGGCUCUACAGUAGCCAAGCAAACUGUCAAACUUGCUGAAGAUUUUUUCAGUUCAUCUAAUGGAUUGGUUCUGGGUUUGGAUCUCAGUGGUGACCCAACUGUGAGUUUUACAUCUCUGCUCUUUCAUUCCUUAAAUGACUUACUUGUAUGCAUGAUGAAUGUGCUAUUGUUUGUUCAACCUCAGUAGACAAUAGCGGUUCCUUCACAUACAAAGUGAUUAAGAAAAACAAAACACACAGACAUAGAUUUUCAAUGUUAAGUGGAACUGCUUCUAAUUGAAAUUGUAUGGGACACGCUCUUGUAUUUUGAGGGAUUACCUUCCCAAAGCAUUCUUAAAUUCUAAAUCAAAUAUUUUUUGUUUUAAAAGUAUUCUCAAAAUUUUUUUAUAAGAUGCUCAACUUGCACUUAAACAUAGGGUAAAACAGCAUUUUUUUAUUUAUUUUGUUUAGAUAAAUGAAAAUAAAUUUGUAUAACAAUGAUGCGUCAUUACCAGAUCCAUCCUUAAAGAAAUAUUGAAGAGAAGUGGCAUGUUUAUAAAACCAUGUAUUUAAAAAUGCAUAUAUCUAAUUUGUAGAUAUAUAUCCAGAUGUAAACUGCAAAUAGUGCUACCUUAGUGCUUAUCAUCACUUACUGUUGUUGUGUGACUUUAGAACAAAACUGGCUUUAUCUACUGUGUCCCAUCUGUUGUUGGAUAUAUGCAUUAGUGAGAUAACCUAUACUACUUGAUGUUUGAGUGUGCUAGCUGAACUUUGGGUAUAGAUAUAUUCUUAGUAAUUCGAAAAGCCCUCUGAAAGAAAGAAUUAAUAUAAUUUGAAUGUGAUAGAAAUAGACUCCAACAUUUAUUAUGUUUUAUUUUACUCUGUUGUUCUUUGGCAGAUAUGCCAUCUGUAAGGUUUUGCAGAGGCUAUUUGCACUUAAGAAAAAGCUGUUACAUGCAAAGAAAUGACAGUACUUCAUUCACCCGCCCCAGUAAAUGCUACUGCAGCAUAUACCAGGGUAAAUAAAGCAGUGGAGGUAAGUAUCAAAAACGUACUCUGUGCAUUUCUGCAUUGUGGGCUUCUGUGCUGGACCAUGAUGCUUUGGGUGCACCCAUGUGCACUUUGACAUCAUUGAAAAUAAUUGUGUACAAGCACAUGCACACUUGGCAAUGCGGACGGCACUGCAAGAUUUAACUAAUUUAAAUGCGUAGCAUGGUUGUUACCCGGCACGGUAUGUAAAUUGCAAUAAUUUUGUAAAUAAUUAAAUUAAAAUAAAUAAAACUUUCAGGUAUUUGUUUGGUUGUGCUAAAAUCUGUGAAGUGGCAGGUUCUUUUCAACAGCACAUAAUGAGUAGCUAAUCAAUAUAAAGAAUAAAAGUAACAUUGAUGGCCAUAUUUGUUUUUUGUCUGCUUGAACUUAGAGCUAUUUAGAUGUGAACUAAGGGGAAAAAAAAAAUCACAUAUAGAAAUUUUACAAACUAAAAACAAGCAUACAAACCAUACAUAAAGAUAAACACAAAAAGAAUUCAGCGCUAGUAAUCACAAAAUUAGUCAAGGUAGGCAGCAACCCAAAUGAAGGAAAACCCCUCGGGUCCUUCGGUGGAUAGAAACAAAAAGAUAUGGAAGGGCUGCGCCAAAUAAGGGUAGAUAGUCCAGUAAAGUAUUGCUAGGGUGCCAAUAGAUGGUCUAGGAUACUUGAUAGAGUUCCUCUGUGGAUGCGUCUGGUGUAGACCGUUCCGUAUAUGUAAAUACAAGAGAGGUAGAGGCGACUAAUGGUAUAGUAUGAAAGUUCAGGGUGUGAUAGGUAACAAAAAGUAAAGAACUCACAUUCAAGAGAGCUAUGGCCAGCUCUGGUGUGGAUUGCGUACAGCGGUAUAAUCCCCGCUUAUGGGAUAUGUAGGGAGGGGGUCUCCGUCAACACCGUCUGGUAGUCCAGAACUCGGAAAAGAAAGACAGAAAGCAACAAUAGUGCUCUCAAUUUUGAUGUGGUUCAAUGUGCAGAUAAGAGGUAAAAAACUCACAUUUGAGGGAGCUAUGGCCAGCUCUGGUGUGGAUAGCGUACAGCGGUAUAAUCCCCGCUUAUAGGAUAUGUAGCGGCGAUACGUCCGUCAGCACCGUCUGGUGAUCCAAGGCUCCAAUAUAGAAGAAUAAAAAGCAGCAAUAGUGCUCUCAAUUGUGAUAGGUUAAGAGAGUAGUAGAGAAAAUAAAAUAAUACUCACAAAGAUAGAGCAGAGGUACUGCUCUAUGGAUAGGCGCCGGUGGUAUGAUCCCCACCUAAGAUUUCUUGGAGUACUGGAACUUUAAAAUUGCCAGUGGAAGUAAAAGUAACCAGGAAAGGUUAAAAUGCCAGGAAUAGGUAAAAACAAAAGUUGUUUAAAGUGCAUAAAGAGUGCAAUAAAAAGAGGAUUGGUACAAUAAAGUAGCCAAAAAACUUUUAUUGAUCUAAAAUACACAGUAAAAUACAGAAUUAAUAACCAUAAACGCGUUUCACCAUAAGUGGCUUCUUCAGAAUGGGAUAAAAGUAGUAACCUGGCAGGAGUUGUUUAAAUAGGGCUAUGUUAAUUUGAAAAUUGCGCCAAAAGUGUAAUUGGCCAAUCAGAGACAAUUUUUAAAAUCACUUUUCAAAAUUAGGAUUCAAGAGUAUGGGAGUGAUGUUAUAAAGGUGAUGAGUCCAUUUAAAUUAUUUAAAUGUGAAAACUAGAGUGAGAAAGUUGUUUUUAAAGAGAAAGAAAGGAAGAAAAAAAAAAAAAGUUGUUUGAUUAAAGUUCAAAAAAAAAAGUUUGAUUAAAGUUCAUUAAAAGAACAAAAAAAAAAAUAGAUGGUUUAAAGGUACAGAGAUACAGAGAUAUAUGUAAAUGGAGUAUGCAUGAAAAGGGGGUAAUAUAAUUCCAAACAUAAUGAUUUAAAUAGGGGUUAUAUUAUACCCCAGAGUAAUAAUACAGAUGUUAAAUGAAAAUAAUAGAUAAAAUGAAAAUAAAAUUAAAUAAAAGAUAACACAGAAUACAAGAUACAUAAAUGGAAAGGCAUAGAUGAAAAAAUAAAACUUAAAAGAUUAUUAUUAUUAUGAGGGUUGGUUAGGUCCAGACAUAAAGAAUAAAAGCAUGAAGAUAAGGGUUGUGUAUAGGAAUUUAAAUAAAAUUAAACAGGUCAAAAUCAACAUUUAAACCAGAUGGGGUAAGAGUUUUGAGAUUAAAAACCCAUUCCAUCUCAGCUUUACCUAAUAUGUUCUUAAUGUUACCACCUCUCCAUGGUAUUAUACAUUUUUUUAUGCCGAUGCAUUUAAGGUGUCUUAUGUCGUUGUUAUGUGUACAAAAGUGUUUGGAGACUGAGUGAUUCAGGUAGCCUUUUUUGAUAUUUCUACAGUGUUCACUCAGUCUCACUUUAAGACUUCUUGUGGUCAUCCCUACAUACUGGAGACCCAUACAUGUCUGUUAGUCCACCCAUUGUACAGCGCUACGGAAUCUGAUGGCGCUAUAUGAAUAAUAAUAGUAUUAAUUGGAUUACAAACAGGGGUCAAAGGGCUCAGAGAACCAGCAGUCGUGACCAUUGAUUCUAAUAAUGUCCACAGGGACAUCCUGUGCUCUCAGUCUAACACACUGGGCUUGUGGAAGAUAUGUGAUUUUGAUGACCGUCCCAAAGAUAGCAAGCUAUGUCAUGGCAUAGUGCACUGUUACUGGAUACAGGUUGCAUCUUCUUGUAGACUGGGUUAAAAAAAAUAUAUAUAUAUUUUCCAACAAUGACCAUGUGAUUGUCUGCUUUUAAUGCCUUAAGUAGCAAGACUGCUGUCUUUAAUAAAUCAAGUGCUACUGAAGAGUAAUGUCCUCCUUUUAGCUCAUGAAAUCAGGCAAAAUAUAAAAAAGCCAAAAAACACUUUUUUUCCAUUGACUGUUUUGUUAAAUAGUACUGGGGCCUAAAUGAUCAUUUACUAUAAGGUAUGUUUCAUUAGCCAUCUGGAUAGUAUGGAUUAAUUUGUACUGAAAGUCAGAUAUAUUUAUGUUCUGGAAAAUCAAAAUUAGAAACCGCUUCUGAUACAUGAAGUUCCACCAUUGUAAAUGCAGAUGUUUGGAUGCCUAACAUGCAAUCAUAGCUUUAAAUGAACAGGAUAGAUAGAAUAAAACCUAAGCAAACUAUAGAAAUAAGCUGAUGUUUGUUCCAAAUUAAGUGCCGUUCUAGACGAUCGCUCUGCUGUUCGUCCCCCAGCUAAUCUUACCGUACACUGUUUGUUUGUUUUGUGGUUUUCUCUAGUAUGGAGUGUCUCUUACGGCAAUGCCUUUCUGACACUUGGAUAGGGGUCAUAGGGUGCAUGUCAGGAAGCCUGUUUGUUUGCUGGUGAAAUCAGAGAUUAUUUCCACUAACUCUAUUUAAACUGAUGCCACCAUGAACCGCCUUGUAAUGACACAGAGCUUUAAUGAACACCACUGUAAUAUUCAUACAUUGCCCAAUGUGUCAAACAUGAUAGUUACAUGGGCUGAAAAGAGAUGUGUCCAUCAAGUUCAGCCUUCCUCACAUAUGUUUUUGCUGUUGAUCCAAAAGAAGGCAAAAAAACCCAGUCUGAAGCGCUUCCAAUUUUGCAACAAACUAGGAAAAAAUUCCUUCUUGACCCCAAAAUAGCAGUCAGAUGUCUCCUUGGAUCAAUCAGCUAUUACCCACUAAUUAGAAAUUAUAUCCCUGUAUGUUAUGUUUUUGUAAGUAUUUAUCCAAUUUCAGUUUAAACAUAUGUAUGGACUCUGACAAAACCACCUCUUCAGGCAGAGAAUUCCAUAUCCUUAUUGUUCUUACUGUAAAAAAACCUUUUCUUUGUCUUAGAUGAAAUCUCCUUUCUUCCAGCCUAAAUGUGUGACCUCGUGUCCUAUGUAUAGCCCUGUUUAUGAAUAGAUUUCCAGAUAAAGGUUUGUACUGGCCCCGAAUAUAUUUGUAUAAUGUUAUCAUAUCCCCUCUCAGGCGCCGUUUUUCCAAACUAAACAGAUUUAAUUUUUUUAACCUUUUUUCAUAACUAAAAUGCUCCAUUCCUUUUAUCAAUUUUGUAGCUCGUCUCUGGACCCUCUCCAGUGCCAUGAUAUCCUUCUUUAGAACAGGCGCCCAAAAUUGCACAGCAUAUUCAAGGUUUGGUCUUACCAGCGAUUUAUAAAGAGGCAAAAUUAUAUUUUCAUCCUGAGAAUUUAUGCCCCUAUUUAUACAUGACAAAACCUUACUGACCUUAGCAACUGCAGAUUGACAUUGCAUAUUGCUGCCUAAUUUGUGGUCUAUAACAAUUCCCAAAUCCUUCUCGUGUGUGGUUAUCCCUAAUUCAAUACCAUUUAGGAUGUAAGCUGCUCAUGCAUUCUUGACCCCGAGGUGCAUCUGCCAUUUUAGUGCCCAGUCCCCCAAUGUAUCUAAAUCCCUCUGCAGCAAAGCAAUAACCUGCUCACAUUUUAUUACUUUACAAAGGUUUGUGUCAUCUGCAAACACUAAAACAUGGCUUUUAGUGCCUACUGCAAGAUCAUUUAUAAAUAUGUUACAUAGAAGCAGUCCCAAAACAGAACCCUGAGGGACACCACUUACCAUUUUUGUCCAGCUUGAAAACGUACCAUUAAGAACAACUCGUUGUACUCUAUCGUUAAGCCAAUGUUUUAUCCAAGAACAAGAAUAUUCAUCUAGACCAAUUUAUUUUAGUUUGAAGACUAACCUAAUGUGGGGAACCGUAUCAAAUGCCUUGGCAAAAUCCAAGUAGAUCACAUCCACUUCAACACCCUGAUCUAUACUGCUACUUACUUAUAGUUAAGUUAAGCUCACAGGUCUAUAAUUUCCAGGCAAGGAUUUUGAACCCUUUUUAAAUAUAUGAACGACAUCUGCCUUCCUCCAAUCCUCCGGUACAAUACCAAAGCAAAAGAAUCUUGAAAGAUUAAAUACAGAGGUUCACUUAUUUCCCCACUUAGAUCUUUAAGUACUCAUGGGUGAAUACCGUCAGGCCCUAGGGUUUUAUUUACCUUAAUUUUCUUUAACUGCUGUAGCACCUUGUCUCGAGUCAUCCAAUCACAAGUUUUUUGCAGCAAUCAUUUGCAUAUCAUAUUGGCAUAGGAUCCUCAUUAAUAUAUACUGAAGAAAAAUAGUUAUUUAAAAUGUCUGCCUUUUCCUGGUCUUCAUGUUGGGUACCCUUGACAUCAGAAGAGGCUAAUAAUAUUUUCCGUCUUUUCGGAGAUGAUUCAUACUUCUUUGUGUGGGUUUGAUGUAUAACUUAAAGGGACACUGCAGACUCCAAAACCACCUAAAGGGACACCAUAGGCACUCAGAAAAUUUCAGCUCAUUGAAGUGGUCUGGGUGCAUAUUCCCAGGUCCCUUAACCCAGCAAAGGUAAUUAUUGCAGUUUUUACGAAAGUCCCCACUAUAAUGGGCUUUAAAGCCGUUGCGGCGGCAUAGAAUGCCGAAAUGGCUUAAGCUCCCAGGAGCUCAGCGGUAUUCACCUCUGCCACGAUCCUCUUCGGGAGGACUGCCUGACAGCCCAGGCAGCCCUUCCCCUGGCAAAUAUGGCCCCCUAUAGCUGGCUGUGGAUCUGCCAGCAGGGGGACUGUCUGAGCUCAGACAGUACCCCACUGGUGGGUAGUGUAAAAAUAAACAUGUUUAAAAUUAAUUAAAAGUGUGUGUGUAUGUAUAUAUAUAUAUAUGUAUAAUUACAAUAAUAAAUAAAAUAAUAUAAAAUAUUAAAACAUUUUUUUUAAUGAAUUAUAGAUACAUAUGUAAUUUCAUUCUAACUGUAUUUUGUUAUUAAUAUAUAUAUAUAUAUAUAUAUAUAUAUAUAUAUAUAUAUAUAUAUAUAUAUAUAUAUAUAUAUAUAUAUAUAUAUAUCACAAUAGUUUCUGGAACUCAUCCCAUAACAAAAGCAUUAAUUCAUGACCAGGUGCCUCUCCGUGCAAAAUAUACAAAUAGAACAAAUUGAGAGCACUCAUUGGAUUUAGUAAACAAAUAAAUAAAUAUAUUAAAUCAACGUUUCGACCGCUAGACGGUCGAAACAUUGAUUUAUAUGCGUUUGAUUUAAUAUAUUUUUUUGUUUACUAAAUCCAAUGAGUGCUCUCAAUUUGAGAUAUAUAAUAUAUAUAUAUAUAUUAUAUAUCUCAAAUUGAGAGCACUCAUUGGAUUUAGUAAACAAAAAAAUACAGUAAACUAAAUGGUUAUGUUGCCUUUGAGACCGUAUGGUAGCCCAGGAAUAAGAAUUAAUCCCAUGAUGGCAUACCAUUUGCAAAAGUAGGGAACCCAAGGUAUUGCAAAUGGGGUAUGUCCAGUCAUUUUUAGUAGCCACUUAGUCACAAUCACCUUCCAAAUAUUUGUUCUUUGCUUUUUUAACACAAAAACGAAUAUGAACGCUAACUUUGGCCAGUGUUUGUGACUAAGUGGCUACUACAAAAGACUGGACAUACCCCACUUGCAAUACCUUGGGUAGUCUACUUUUGCAAAUAGUAUGCCAUCAUGGGGAUAAAUCUCAUUCCUGGGCUAACACACCGUCUCAAAGGUAACAUUACUAAUCUGGCAAAUUUUAAAGUGAAAAAAAAUGAAAGAUUUUAUGUCCUAUAUUUGACCUUUUAACUUAACAACUGUUAAUCGUGGCUACUGUACUCGUGAGACUUUGCUGAAUCCAAAUAUGUGCUUUUUUUGCAGUAAAAGCCAACAGUAUUAUGACAUUUACAGCUGAAAUGUGAGGCGGAACUACACAUUUUAAAUUUUUUUUUUUAAAUUUCUCAGUUUUUUUUAAAAUUUUAUUCAUAAUAAAUUGUUUCAUAUAUAAAUAUUUGAUAUGAAAUGAAAGCCCUGUUUCUCCUGAAUAAACUGAUAUAUAAUAAGUGUGGGUGCAUAUAAUAUGAAAGAUGUGAAUUACGGUUGAACAGACAUAUAGCGCAAAUUCCAGUUUUUGUUUACAUUUUGUUUUGAUCAGAACGUGUACUAUUGACUCUGUCCUGAAGAGGUUAAGUUGAUAUUUUAUGGCCAUAUAGCAAAACAAAUGUACCCUUCCUACACCAGCAGAGGGCAGCUAAGCCCCAAUGCAGAAUGCUGUGAAUACUUUUAGAUUUUUUUUUUACCAAUCUGUGAUAGGAACAUUCAGUAACUUUCAUGGAAAAAUAAAUAAAUAAACUUCUUACAAUUUUACAAUCAAGGAAGAUGACAUAAUGAAUAUGAAGAGAUUACUAAUAGAAAAAAAAAGAUAGAUCUUUUUCUUUCUGGAUCACCAUUUUAAAUAACACACAAGCAUUAUUAACCUAACCUCAUCUCUUGAGUAUCUUUCACUAAAUUGAGCAUGCACAUGCUUUUGGUAAUAUUGUUAAACCUAAGCCCCAUGUCCUAUUGACUUUAUGACUUAUAACAAGAGGUGUGAAGACAAUGUUUAAACAAGUAAGGUCAAGAUGUACUGCACUUUUUUUAUUUUUAUUUUUUUAUUUUUAUUUUUUAAAGAAAACAAGCUUAUUCACAUUAGGUCAAUACAUUAAUAGUAAGGUCAUAGAAACAUGCAAAAUGCAAGUAGCUUCAACUAGAGGCAGAUAAAGUAAACAACCAGGCUUAUUGUAAGAGAUUAUUAUAGAGUCAUAAACUUAGGUUACAGGUCUUUGUUGCAACUGGGUUCCCGCAUCACGAAUAGGGAGCAGACUUUACCCUUGGUAUAUGGAUGUGAACACGUUUUGCAUGGCAAAUGGCGUCUAUUAAUCUCUGAUAGUGUUCAGCAUGUGGACCCAUUUGCAGCGAGGGGAGCGUGGUCAGCCUACCCCACUAGUCGGCAGGUGCAGGGUGUACAUUGAGAGUUCACUUGGGUUCUGCUUCCCCAUCACGGUCUCGUGCCGGAGUAAGUGUGCUGGCAUCAUGUGGGUAGGGUACCUCGGGUGCAAAGUGCCGGUUCCGUGCUCAGGUGAGAGUUUCUUCCGCCCCUUGGCCCACAGAGGGGUCCCCUCUGUGUGUCUGCUGAUUCGGGUGCUCCUGGUGGUCGGGUUCUUUACUCCCCGGGAGUGGGCAGAGGCUCGGAGUGGUGCAGAGCGCCGUCUGUGUUUGCGUGUCCGUGCCCGUUGUUGCUGGGUUGGGACAGCUCUGCGAGUGGCUCUUGGUCCCAGCAGAUAGGGAGCUUUGUGGGGAGGCUUUUGGGCGCUUGGAUCGCCCUGCUUGGGUUCCUGCUGUGCCAGCUUUGCGGCAUGAGUGGUAGAUGGCUGUGGUUGCUUGCCGAGGCGAUGCCAGAACUUCUGGCAGAAUGCCUCAAACUUGGCAUUAAACGCUUCUCUCCACUGCCGGAUCUCCAGGGUGUUCGCUGCUGCAGCCAUCUUGUCUUCGCCACGUGGCAUUCUGGGCUUCGUCCGCAUUCCAGAUGGAUGGUAAGUCUUGGUUCCCAGUGGGGGCCAGGAUAAGCCCCGCCGGCCCAAGGGGGGAGGGGGGGGACAGGGCUCCUGAAGUGAAGCACCACGUGCAAAGCACCCCCUCGGGAGAUCGGCCGCCUCUCGCCACGGUCCGUGUCUGCCUAGGUAGGCCUCUGAGCAGAAUAUAGUUGUUGCUUUAGAUAUGGGUCCGGUCCGGACUAAACAGUGCGCUCCCAGCUUGUUUAGUAGUCUGAAUGAAGCUCAGCGUCUCGUUUGGCAGCGUUUUCUAUCAGAAAUAUCUUGUUUUUAGCUCUGUUUAGCAGGAGCCUGGUGUCCAAGCCGGCUUGGACACCAGGCUCCACCCCCUAUUUCAAUUGUUUUAAUCCUAUUUUUCUUACAAAUCUCAAUGGAAAUGCUUUUCUGUUACAUUGGAGCCUCUCUACUGUUUUCCCUUAAUACAUCUCUUAUCCAGACAAAACGUCAUUCGUAAUUCCUAAUGAUAACCUGGUUGGAUGGAAACCUCCGCCAUUUUCUUUUUUAUCCUGAAAACCAUUUACAAAGACCAUUGUGCACUUACCAUGAUAGAAACAAAUUGAAGAUUAUAUUAGCUUUAGUGUACUAAUAAUCUUAAUUUUAGUAAUGACAGGAGGCGAAUAUUUGCAUAUCUUUCUUUACUGAAAACUCCAGCAGCAUAGAAACAUAACAACCAAUCAGAAAAAAGUUAUGAUGCCCAUAAAAGGCCCUGUCUAUGACAUCACUUCCUCUUUCUUUGAAGCGAAACAAUAAAUAACAACAAGAGACAUAAUCAUAUUACGUCAACAGUUCAACAACAUAUUAGAAUAUCCAACUCCAUUAGUUCCGCGAUGCAGAGGUAUGGAAGGUGAAUCUUUGUCUCGAUGAGAAGACGUUCACGCUGCAAGAAAAAGAAAAAGGUGAAAGGUAUCUGGCGUGAUAACUUGUCCGCAUACAAUAAGCAUUAAGCAUCUGAUAUACCAACGAACAUUAGAAUGUGAACAUAUUAAUAUAUAUUUAUUCUAACGCAAUGAUAUUAAGAAUCUAUAAACACAACAUAAUGCAAGGUUCAUGUCUAAUAUUCAGCCAAUACAAGACCCACAAGAUACAGGUCUAAGUAGCAAACAUACAAACCAUACGUACUUACCUUCCUGAACAUAAAGGACAUAUUCUGUUCAACACGAGAAACAUGGGAGGGAUCCUAUAGGGUGGGAAAUAUUCGCCUCCUGUCAUUACUAAAAUUAAGAUUAUUAGUACACUAAAGCUAAUAUAAUCUUCAAUUUUACCACAUGACAGGAGGCUUCAUAUUUGCAUUUUUAAAGCUUUGAAUUGACCAAUGUGAAGGAAGCAUGAGAUGUUUGCCGAAAAUAGAACGUUCUAAACGUACUCUCUCUCGCUCAGUCCGCGCAGUGUAUAAUGUCGGCUAGGGAAGCGUCGGCCGAAAAGGUUUGUGAGGCCGCCGCUCCCCUGACCGAGUGGGCUCCGAAACAAGGUUCGACGCUAAAGACAAAAACCAGCGGACCCAUCUGGCCAGUGUUGUGGUAGGUACCGGUCCAUGAGGGUUCACGUAAGAAGUCAGACGGUGAUCCGUCGAAUGAGUUCGAAGGGGGUAGUGUACCCCCAUUAGCGUUCUGACCACGCAUAGUGUGGCGUCUGACACAAAGCAUGGGUAUGACACUGAAGACGAAUCAGACUUAGUUCGUCUCGACAUGGUAAAGGUAACCCCGUCUGGUGUGAGAGAGAAACCAUCCAUAUCGCAAGCCCUAACGUCCGCCACCGUCUAAAUGAGGCGAGGCAUAAUAAGAGGGCUAGUUUGGCUGAAAGUUGCUUCAGUGACAAACAAGGAUUGUCCGGCCAUUCCCUAAGGAAUCUCAGCACCACAUCCACCUGCCAGAGGCGUGAAUAUUUGGGUGCAGGGAUCUCAACAAUUCGGCACCCCGCAGUAGUCGACAAACCAGUGUAUCUUGACCUACUGGUCUGCCCUGUACCGGAACGUGCGCCGCCGAUAUGGCGGAUCUGAUCACGUUGAGGGAUCGAUAUGACCGACCCAACGAGACCAGGUGUGACAGAUAGUUGAGGAUCAGUGGGACAGGUGCGGUAAAGGGAUCGGAAUCCCUUUCCACACACCAAUCACUCCAGGCCGACCAGGCAUAAAUAUAGCCUUUCCUGGUGCCGGGAGCCUAUGAGUCCCAUAGGAGGUCUUAGUUGAUGCAAUAGGUCGUGAACUGACCAGGAGCCCCUGAAACCGUCCAGGCAACUAGUGCCAGUUGUCCUUCCAUGACAAGGGAGUGGGCUUCCCCUCGAGGUCCCGUCAGAAGUAGAGGGAAGGUAGGGAGUAGUAGAGGGUCUUCGCGCGACAUCUCCAGGCGAUCCGGGAAAUCACGGUUGGCCCUGCCCGAGGGGUGUCAUGAGCAGGAGCAAUAUCAUGUGGGUGUGUGUAUCGAAGCACCCUUGCUAUUUUGGAGAACGGCUGGGUCACGUUUGCAGGGGUUCAUCCAUCGCCCCGUAUCCGAAGGAAGAGUCAAAGAUCGUUUUGCCAAUCCAAGUUUGUAUGUGAAGUAAUCAUCAUCGAAAUUCCAUCCUCCCUUCCGCUGACAGUGGGAUCCAGUGGUUGUAUGAGUGACCGGUGCGUACGUAUCUCACCAUCAGUCAUAGUGGGCCAGGGAAUAACGCUUGUAUGGAGGAGGAGAGGAGGAGAGGAAUCCCACAAUCCGACAGCUAUCCUUAUAGAGGCGCUCUUUGCCGUAGACGGACGCGGAACGUAGUUCUCCAAGCCGAUGUCGAAACCGAGGAACUGGCCCGAUUCAGAUGGAGAAGCGAUCUUUGUCUGUGUACAACAAAAACCCAUGGAGUCCCGAAAGUGAACGACAAAUUUGUCUGCAAACGUAGCCUGGAUUCGUAAAGAAUCAGCAAGUCUUCCAGGUAUGCGAGGCAUCGCACGCCCAAAUUUACGGAUGUGUGCCCUCACUGGUUACAGUAGGUUCGCGAGCACCACGGAGUCGUAAACUGCCGUGUUUGUCCUCAUCAUUGGAAUCGGAGGAAAACUUCGGCAGUCCAGGGCAACGGGUACUGACAAGCGUGCGUCCUUGAGGUCCAGAUGUGUAAACCAGUCGUUAUCGCCUAGGGGGUCUUGUAGAAGACGAAUUUCCUCCAUCUUGCAGCAUUUGUAUACCAUGUAGGGGUUCCAUUGAUGUAGUCUCCUGGCUUCUUCUUGACCAGGAAAAAUUUGCUGGGGAAGCCUUCCCCUCCGGUGCAUGUUGAAUUGCGCCCCUCCUGAAGAGGGUGCAGAUUUUCUUGUCCACGAGGCGUUCCUGUUCCGCCAGCGUGCGUAAUGGAGGUGAAGGGGCGACCUGCACGGCUGUGAUAAAACUCUAUGACAUAGCCUUAUACUGUCUGGAGAACCCAGGUGACUUUGGUAGUCGUCUCCCAAUUCUGUAAAACAGAGACAGGUUGCCGGUCAUAAUAUUGGAAACAGUUAGUUAGUUAUGUAGGUUGACACACUAGUAGAUGAAGCGGAUGGGUUCCUUUGCAUAGUAGAUGGGAGAAAUAUGAGGACUGUGUAAACGAUCUGGAACCUGUCGCCAAGAAGCGGCUGGUGGCUCGGUUCAGCUACCGACCAGUCCUCCCAGAAACAUCUUUCCCCAUAGGGUUGUGGAAGACUUUUAGCGAGGUCUGGGUUUAAUUUAGUGUGGUGAAUAAAUUCACGUGUUUCUUGAGUACUGCAAUGAACACUACGUCGAAUAGUAGGCCUUGUGCUUUUGGGCCGAAUUCUUGUCGUUCCUAAGUCCAAUAGUGUGUUGUCGAUGCGGCCCAGUACAGAUUUGCGUCUGUCGGCGCAUAGUGCGUCAUUUACGUUGCCCAGGAGGCAUAUCGAGCAUUGAGACCAUUCUUUGGAGGUGGUAGGGUUGAGUUGUGUACCCUGGGGUAACUCGGUCUUGAGGCGUGCGCAUCCUUCCAUCCCCCGAGGGUUGCGCAGCCAAUAGUGUUCGUCCAGGAACGUUCCGUCUUCGGCUACUCUGGUUUAGUGCUGCUACAGUUAUCUCUGCCUCAGCCGCCGUCACAGAGUAAGGUUUCCCUAACGUACUUCGAGGAAGUGUGGGGAAGGUCUUGCCGUUCCAUUUCCUCAGACGGUGAGCUGUCUUCGUGUCGCUCAUCUACCAUGUCCAAAGUACGUGGUGGGUAAUAGUCUUCUUUGUCGGAAGAUUGUGGCGGACGGGGUUUGGAUUCCCGGUGCUCCGCCUAUUUGGUCUGUUCGAUGGGCGUCUUGCCCUUGACCUUAGUGGCAGGGGGGCUGGAGCCCUUCCCUUGCCGUUUUGACUUGAAGGCUUAUGGGCCUGAGGUCUCCAUCAAGCGGUGUGGGGUAGAGUUCAUAACAGAACCUUCUCCACUGAGGCCGUUACUGUGGCGUUUAUCAUUGCCUAGAAAUCUUUGGAACGUUGAGAGUGUCCACCAUGACUCGUUCCUGUCCUGUUGGGAGAUAGUGUGAGGGUCAGCACGUAGGGGUGUUACACUCCUGGUAGAACUGGGGAUCACCCAGGUAAAACGGUUUGAAUUGCCUGCUUUAGUAUGUCUGAGAGUAUGAAUACUCGUGCCAGGUGUAGAGGGGUCACCUGUAUUAGUUUAAUCUGGCUACUGAGAGCCGUGGUGCAGGCGCGACUGACUGGUACUGGUGUCGGUCUGGCUAGCCGGGUUCACCACAAAUGUAUGCCAGAGCUGUAUGCACGGUUUUUAACUAUACAGGCUUAUUAUAUAGGCGCAUGGGGCCUGUCUCCAUAAGGUCUGCAGCCACAGGACCCAUGUCUAUUAGGCUGGGUUCAUCCCAGGUGGUGUGCCAUGGUAACCCAGAGGACACCCAUAUUAUAAUUAUUGGCACCUUACAAGCACUGCAUGCAUAUCUGGGGGUCAUCCCAGGUGGUGUGCCAUGAAAAAUUACCCAGAGGACACCCACGUUCAAUAUGUACACUAGGCACCGUAACUAUACAUAUAUGUAUCCCUGUGAAGGGUACACCACAAUACACUCAGUUUUCUUAGUGAUCCUGCCGUCAAAUCGCAUCCGGCAUGGUACUGUUGCUUUAAUGUAAAACUGACAGGCAGUGUGAUUCCCUUUUAUUCCAAAGGUUUGGUCCUUAAGGGGUUAAACAUCCAAAUAUGUCUGUAGUAAUCAGUGGUAAAGUUGAGGCGUAGGCCUCCGUGCAUAUGAUCGGGGUUCACCCCGGGUGGUGUGCCAUGGUAACCCAGAGGACACCCACAUCAAAGGUAAUGGUCUGUCAGUGACCUUGCAUGCAUAUCUGGGGGGUCACCCCAGGUGGUGUGCCAUGAAAAAAUACCCAGAGGACACCCACAUAAAUUUGCACCGUCAGUUACAGUAAUAUAAUAUGACCCUCUGUAGGGUACAAUAAUAUAAUAUAAUAUGCCCUUUGUAGGGUACAGUAACACAAUAUGCCCUUCGUAGGGUACAGUGAUAUAGUUGAUCUUGUUAUAGGUACAGUAUAUGUUUUGUAUAACGACUGUGAUAUUGUAUGGCUUCACAAUAAUACAUAGAUUGUGUGCCUGCUCAACAUAUAAUCAUCCAGUGUAAGGCACCAUGAGAGAUAUAUCCAUGAGAAUAAAAAAUAAUUGUAUCAAUAAAUGAAUUUGCCCAGAGAGGGGGACCCCUGAAGGGGUUAAUCCAGAUGCAAAGUGCGGUGAUCGGGUGAUUCCUGUAGGGUAUAGUAAUAUAGUAUGACCCUGUGCAGGGUAUAGUAAUAUGGUAUGACCCUGUAUAGGGUAUAGACCCUGAGUAAGGUACAAAGACAUAAUCUCCUUUAAUGCCUGCAUGUAAGUAUUUGUUUGGCAGACACUGUUGGCAGGCACUGUGGCAAAAUACAUCGAAAGAAUACAUGGAGAAAAAACUGAAAUCCAGCCUGCACUCUCCCAUUGUUCACUUGGGAGAGCAUACACUUGUGGAGCCUGGCGGUCGGGUGAGUUUCCGAUCCGCCGAGCGAGCAGGGAAGGCGGCCGUCGGAUAUCUCGCGAGCCGCGAGAUCCAAGAUGGCCGCCGCCCACAUGUGAAGGUGCGCCGCGGAUCGCGGUCGCGCGGUGCAAAACAAAGGGGAUAAAUGCAACACAAACGCUGACCCCAGCCUCCCUCCACCCGUCCCCAUACAGUCCCCUGUGUAAGUGAAAGGGCCGGUCCGCGAGGCGAGCGCGACACGGGUAGUCGUUGCGCCCGCGGAUACCAGGCAGUAAGGUGGAAAUAAAAAGGGGAAAAAAACAGAGGGAUACAGUGAAGGGACAGGAAUAAGGGGGGCCAAGGUAUCAGGUGUUAGCAAUAAAUAGAGUAAUAUAUAGUGGAAUGACAAUCAAAAAAACAGUGUAAAUUAAGAAUCUACCAGAGAGGUAAAAUACUCUGACCUGAUGUAUGGCUGGAGCAGCAAAGAAAGAGGAAGUGAUGUCAUAGACAGGGCCUUUUAUGGGCAUCAUAACUUUUUUCUGAUUGGUUGUUAUGUAUCUAUGCUGCUGGAGUUUUCAGUAAAGAAAGAUAUGCAAAUAUGAAGCCUCCUGUCAUGUGGUAAAAUUGUAGAUAUAGCCUUUACAUGUAGUUUCAUGUUUGUUCUAGAUACAAGACAGAGAGAUUUUUGGUUUUUCUGUUUUACAUUAUUUUGAGCAUAUUGCACAAACACAAAGGAACAUUUGUGACAUUUUACACACAGGGACACUGACACAUAUCCCUGCUGCUCACACAAACACUAACAUGCACAGAUAUUCAUACUACACACACAAACCCUAACAUGCCCAUAUAUUAAUACUGCACACACAAACCCUAACAUGCCCAUAUAUUAAUACUGCACACACAAACACUUACAUGCACAGAUAUUAAUACUGCACACACAAACACUUACAUGCACAGAUAUUAAUACUGCACACACAAACACUUACAUGCACAGAUAUUAAUACUGCACACACAAACACUUACAUGCACAGAUAUUAAUACUGCACACACAAACAAUAACAUGCACAGAUAUUAAUACUGCACACACAAACAAUAACAUGCACAGAUAUUAAUACUGCACACACAAACACUAACAUGCACAUAUAUUAAUACUGCACACGCAAUGACGCAAACACUAACAUGCACAUAUAUUAAUACUGCACACGCAAACACUUACAUGCACAGAUAUUAAUACUGCACACGAAAAAACACUUACAUGCACAGAUAAUAAUACUGCACACACAAACACUUACAUGCACAGAUAUUAAUACUGCACACGCAAACACUUACAUGCACAGAUAAUAAUACUGCACACACAAACACUUACAUGCACAGAUAAUAAUACUGCACACACAAACACUUACAUGCACAGAUAUUAAUACUGCACACACAAACACUUACAUGCACUGCAUAGAUAUUAAUACUGCACACGCAAAUACUAACAUACACAGAUAUUAAUACUGCACACGCAAAGAUGCACAGCUAUUAAUACUGCACACACAAACACUUACAUGCACAGAUAUUCAUACUGCACACACAAACACUUACAUGCACAGAUAUUAAUACUGCACACGCAAACACUUACAUGCACAGAUAAUAAUACUGCACACACAAACACUUACAUGCACAGAUAAUAAUACUGCACACGCAAACACUUACAUGCACAGAUAAUAAUACUGCACACACAAACAAUUACAUGCACAGAUAAUACUGCACACAUAAACACUUACAUGCACAGAUAUUAAUACUGCACACACAAACACUUACAUGCACAGAUAUUAAUACUGCACACGCAAACACUAACAUACACAGAUAUUAAUACUGCACACACAAAGAUGCACAGCUAUUAAUACUGCACAUACAAACACUAACAUGCACAGAUAUUCAUACUGCACACACAAACACUAACAUUCACAGAUAUUCAUACUGUGCACAUAUAUUAAUACUGCACACACAAACACUUACAUGCACAGAUAUUAAUACUGCACACGCAAUGACGCACUUACAUGCACAGAUAUUUAUACUGCACACGCAAACACUAACAUGCACAGAUAUUAAUACUGCACACACAAAGAUGCACAGCUAUUAAUACUGCACAUACAAACCCUAACAUGCACAGAUAUUCAUACUGCACACACAAACACUUGCACAGAUAUUCAUACUGCACAUACAAACACUAACAUGCACACAUAAUAUUGUAUAAAAAUACAGACAUGUUAACACAUCCACAAGCACGCCGAUAUACAGAAGCGCUAACAUACACUGAUCACACUUAUACUCUGACAUUCUGCAUUAUGGGAUGCAUUUACAUGAGAAGUGUAUUUUUGUAUUUAAUCUCCCCCAAUGCUUCUCCCAUCUGUGGCAACAAGGAAUUAACCAAGCACUUCUCCCUUAUACACACCUACCAAGGUGACAAUGAGCAUGUGUCUACAAUGCUUGUGAUAUUCUUGUUGGUCUCCAUACUAAAGAAGUUGGAUUGCAUUUGUCUACAUUACUAUUUCAUUAAUAAACAAGAGGAUUUUUUUAAAUUAAUUUUUUUAAACUAGUUUACCAAAACAUGUGUUGUUUGUUUUUAUUUUUAUUCUUUUUGUUCGUGCAGAUAUUGAACAUGUCAUUUGCACUGCCACAACAGCUGGUGCAAACAAAUUUGCAUUUACAUGUAUUCACAUGGCAUCAAAGACUUUGCACUUUUUUUUUAUAGAGAAAUAAACAGCAUGAUAUCGUAAGCUUCAUAAUAACAUAAGGGAAACAUUAGCUUGGCUCACAGAUUGGCAUCACAAUUUUAGUUAAAGUAGGGAUAAACGUCAUGCAAGAACAUUGCAUUUUAAGACUGAAAACUUGGCUUAGCACCUGACUGUACAUGCUUUUGUUAUUUAAUAUCGUAGGAAAAGAAAAACAAAACACCACUCAGACUCAUCCUGCAUGUUUAACACUAAAUAGGAGAUGGUUGUAGUGGAGAUAAUGAAAUAUGAAGGGACACAUUAAGGACAUAGCAGUGAGAGUCUUAACCGGCUGUACUGGCCUGUCUAAACAUAUGACAUCAGCUAAGCUUGCACUGUAAUAUGUCUGGUUAAAUAUGUGGAUAGCAACUCAUUAAUAGUGCUAAACAGGCUUGGUUUUAAAAUGGAUUUAAAAUGAAGUUGCCACUAGGCCUAGGCUAUCUGAUAUGCUAAUGUAUGGUAAAACUUAGCAGUUACAGCUAGUUCUUCAGCCUCCAUCUUCACGACAGCGGGGCAUAGUGCUGAUGAUAUGCAUGGCUCACGGCUCAGCCGAUCCCCUUGAGUGGUUUGAGCUGGGUGCAGUCCAGAUGGUGUUUGCAGGCGGUCCCCCUGGAGCAUCGGGAUAGGGGUCUCCUCCAUCCCCAGGCCUGGGCACGGGCCAGCUUCUUGUGUCCACAAACUCUGGUACGGUGAAGUGCCAAGUCUCUGCCACUACUGGGGUUGGCGGAACAUCCGGACGGUGACUGCUUGCGUUGGCGGAGAGUCUUCAGCUGCCGUGGUCGACGUUUGAGGGCUGUGCCUUGGGUGGCUCUCGGCCCAGAAUGGCGUUUCGUCUCUGGUGUGAUUAGUUGCUGGUUUGCCUCGGGGAGACAUCCCCCUCCUCGGCGCCACAGUGCUUCUUUUGGCUGUAGUAGGCAUCUGUGGCGUCUGCUACAUGCGGGCCUUUAGUGUUGCCUAAAUGGCAUUGAAGAUUUCUUCCAAGCGUUGUAGGUCCUGUUCGACAUACUGGUUGUUGCUCUAGGCCCAGGACUUGUUUGUCCAGGGGAGAGGCUGUCGCCAUCUUGGGUGGUAUGGGUUGCUUCAUUGUGCCAGGGCAAUGUGCUGCUGACGAUGUGUGCUCAGCUGGGACUAGGAUGACCCCCACCCUGCUAGGUUCUCGGCCAGGACGUCGGCUGCCACUCCCGAUCGGGUCCUGCUAGGCCGCAAAUACUUCAGGUUGGUUUUUUUCGUCCUUUUAAGGCACAUGAAAGCCCCGUUUGCUGUCCGGUAGCCUCUCUGCACCCCCAGUGGUUGAUAUACCUCAAUUUAAUUAGCUGUGGGCUAGUAUUGCGAGAGUUUUUCCUAGUUUAUAAGGAGAGCUCUGCUGUCAUGCAUCCGUCCCAUGUUUAUUUUUUUUAGAUGGUAACCUAUACGUACAUUUUUACUGCUGUAAUUUUGUUUUUAUGUUCAGUGGGACCUCGGUUUACAAACGCCUCUGUUAACAUUUUCGGUUUACAAAAUUUUUUUGCAAUACAAAGCAAGUUUCCCCAGGAUGCAUUGCACCUGGGAGGUUUAUAGCAUUGCCCUAUGCAUGCUGGAGCCUGUGGGUAGCACGUGGCGUUAAGUGUGGAGGUGUUGGAGCGGCUUUUGCAUUGAGUUUUGGAGCCAUUCUGGAAAUUGUUUUCAGUUGUUUUCUGACUUUUUGGUGCAUUUCUCAAGCUGUGGAAAGGUAGGGAGCUAAGCUUCGUUGUUUGCAUGCCUUUUAUUGUGUGUUCUGCAUUGUGGGUUGGUUUCCAUGUCAGCUCAUUUUGACUUUUUUCUGAUCUCCAGAAUGGAUUAAUUGGUUUUCAAUGCAUUCCUAUGGGAAACCGCAUUUCGGUUUACAAAUUGUUCGCAAUAAGAAACGUCCCGGAGAACGCAUUAAAUGCGUAAACAGAGGUCCCACUGUAUUUGUCUAUAAACUCUGGGAACUAAUGUAAUUACUGUAAUUUGACAUCUUAUUAUAUGUCCAAUAUCUUCUCUAUCCUUAUUAAAGACCAUCACCUUUUAAUUGCUAGAACAAGGUCGAUUUUGCCAUCACUUUAAGAAUAAUAUUCCAGUAUGGAAUGUCACUCCUGUAUUGUAAACUGUGUCUUCACCUUAUUACACCAUUGAAUAAAAAAAUUUAAAUCCCCCAUUGUUUGUAUUAACCUUUUUUCACAUAUUGCCCCAUGUUCUUUCAAAUUUUAUAUUAAAAUGUAGCAAAUGACCUCAUAUUCCAGUUCAGCCCAUACACAGCGAGGGCAAAAAAUAGAAAUGUUUUUAUGUACCGCAUAUACUCGAGUAUAAGUCGACCCGAAUAUAAGUCGAGACCCCUAAUUUUACCCCAAAAAACUGGGAAAACUUAUUGACUCGAGUAUAAGACUAGGGUAGGAAAUGCAGCAGCUACUGGUAAAUUUCUAAAUAAAAUUAGAUCCCCCAAAAAUUAUAUUAAUUGAAUAUUUAUUUACAGUGUGUGUGUGUGUGUGUGUGUAUAUAAUGCAGUGUGUUUGUAUGAAUGCAGUGUGUGUAUUAUAUAUAUAUAUAUAUAUAUAUAUAUUAUUUAUUUAUUUUUUUUAAUUAUUAUUUUAUAUAAUAUAUUUUAUUUUAAUAUAAUUUCAUUUUUUAUUUAUAUUUAUUUUCGUCCCCCCUCCCUGCUUGUUAGCUGGCCAUGGAGGGGGGCUCUCAUUCCCUGGUGGUCCAGUGGAUGGGCUGUGUAGGAGGGGGGCUGGCAGAGAAUUGCCUUUCCUGCAGCUCCUGUCAGCUCCCUUCUCUCUCCUCUGGUCCGGUCAGCUCCCUUCUCCUCCACUGUAAGUCUCGCGGCCGCGUGGAGCGGUCCCCGCGGCUCUCGCGAGAUUUACAGUGGGAGCUGACAGGAGCUGAGAGAGAAGGGAGCUGACAGGAGCUGCAGGAAAGGUAAGUUACAGGACCGCCAGGCUUGUAAUGAGCCCGGCGGUCCUUGUCUGUAUUAUGGCAAUGUAAGUUGCCAUAAUACAGACAUUAACUCGAGUAUAAGUCGAGUGGGGGGUUUUCAGCACAAAAAAUGUACUCGAGUAUAUAUACGGUAUCCUCUUCUGUGUAAGCAUUUUCAAUGCUGACUGCCAGGUGCUACUGACAGGUCUUUAAACAGUAACUGUUAAGGAGCCAAGAUGGUGGCAACCAGUUACAGUUUAAAAAGGUUUCGAUGUCUACAUUUCACUUUAAUAUUAAUAUUUUUUUUAAAUCUUUAUUUUUACUGUGCAAUAAAGAUUACAUACAAGCCUGCAGUGUCACGAUAGCAGUAACAGGCAUAGUGAAGCAAACCAUAUCAUGACAAGGUUAGACUGCACAUUUUUUUUUUUUUUUUUUAAAUAGGUAAACAGGAUGGUGCUAUAAAUGCCUGAGGUUGCUGAAGUAGGAUUAUUAGUAUAAGGUCAUGCAGGCAGUCAGGCACGACAGGCAUAAUAUGGAAAACAAAAAAGAAAAUUAACUUUGCUUGGACGCCAUGGAUUUUACUCACAUGGAUGCUGAGUAAAGUAACACGUAUUAAUAUAAAGCAUUAUACUGUUGGGUAACAUGCAGGAUGAAAUUCAAUAAAGUAAAAUAAAAUAACCACUGGGCCCCCACAACAAUUCGAACAGAGGGAGAAUCUAGGUUAGUAAAGCUGUUGCCUAUGGUAGAGCAACAAAUCAAUUUAUCUCAAGCCCUUAAACUAAAUCUUGUCACUAAGGGGCCUGAAUAAGGCUGUUUAUACGAUGCCUAACUGUGGCAGAUUGACAACCUUGGAAGGCAUGAGUCCACUGUUCCAUAUGCGUGGGCACCAAUAGUCCCAUGUGGAGGUGCACUCCUGUGUUGUGCUGAUAGGACAAAGGCCAUCCGCAGGACCAGUGUCUCUCGGUGCUCGUGGCCGGUGUUGCUGAGUGUGUGUCUUGCGGCCUGCGGGCCAGGACUCUGCCCCGCUAGUAUGUCCCACAGAGGAACAGCUGCAAGAUAUUCCUGGCACUGCAGGACCCUGCGCUGGGUCAGGCUCCGCCCACGCUCCUCCCCCCGCAGACAUCAGCCGGCAGGGGAGACCUAAUGCACAUGCGCGGCAAUAGCUGCGUGCGCACAUUAGACCUUCCCAUUGGAAAGCAUUAUUCAAUGCUUUCCUAUGGGGAUUUCGGCGACGCUGGAGAUCCUCAUGCAUAGUGUGAGGACGUCCAGCGUAGUUUAAAACACAACACUAAGAACACAAAAGACCCUCUAGUGGCUGUCUGAUAGACAGCCACUAGAGGAGAAGUUAACCCUACAAGGUAAAUAUUGCAGUUUAUGAAAACUGCAAUAAUUACACUUGCAGGGUUAAGGGUGGUGGGAGUUGCCACCCAGACCACUCCAAUGGGCAGAAGUGGUCUGGGUGCCUGGAGUGUCCCUUUAAAUUAAGGCCAAAAUUAUUUUACAUUGCACAAUGUCAUAUAUUUUACAAGGUCCUAGAACAGGGGCAGGCAACCUGUGGCAUUCCACACGUUGUGGACUACUUCUUCACUGAUGCUUUACCAGCAUUAUGGUUGUAAAAGCAUUAUGGGAGAUAUAGCCCACAACAUCUGGGCCAUGGGUUGCCUACCAUUGUCUGGCAACAUGGAAUGUGUUGAUAAUGUAUACUGCUAUUAAUAUGAUUAUAUUUUUUUCCAAACUAAAGGUGGGGCAUGGGAAGGACUUCAUGGAUCCUCUCAGUGAAGCAAAGCGAUCUGGCCUCAAACUAGCUCUUCAUCUAUCUGAGGUAUAUUUGAUAAGAGUGUUACAGCCACUCUUCCUAAAGUAUUUACCCAUUUCAGGUCUGCAUGAGCAUUUUUCUGUUUAGCCAAAGCAGAAGAACCUUUUCCUGAUCACAGAUAAAUUACGUUCCCACUUUAAUGCAAGGCAGGCAAUCUAAAUCUUUUCAACUCAUUUUAGCUGUACUGCAGGUGGGAAUUGUUCUCAUUUUUGAAGCGACUUGUAUGGAAUUAUUAAUGAAAACAGGAACUCUGGAGAAUUGACAAGGAAAUUGCAGGUGUAAAGCAAAAUAAUGACAAAAAAAGUGCUUAAAGUGCUCUGUCAGUCAGGGAUCCUGGAAUGACGCUUUCUGCAGGAGUGUGUAUAUCAGUGCUAAUGUGAGAGUGUCAAAAGUGUAUCUGAAUAAGAUGAUUGAUGCUGCCCGUGGCUCCUGACCUGAAGACCAAGACAGAUUAUACUUGCUACUGCUUGUUCCCAGGGUGCCUGCAAGUCUCUGUCAGGUCAGCAUACUAUGCAUGCUAAGCGUGGGUACGUGGGAUUGCCAGCUUAGAAACAUAGAAUGUGACGGCAGAUAAGAACCAUUCGGCCCAUCUUGUCUGCCCAAUUUUCUAAAUACUUUCAUUAGUCCCUGGCCUUAUCUUAUAGUUAGGAUGGCCUUAUGCCCAUCCCACGCAUGCUUAAACUCCUUUACUGUGUUAACCUCUACCACUUCAGCUUCCUGAUUGACAGGAUUUAUAUGUGGAUCUAUGAGCUCUGUUUGAAAGGAACACUAUAGCGUUAGGAAUACAAAUGUGUAUUCCUAACGUUAUAGUAUCCUAGUCACCAGGUGACAAACCCCAUCCUUAUGGCACGUUGAGCCAAUCAAGUGGUCUCUCUAAUGGAAACAGCCACAUUUUACUCUGCUAUUUCUGCUGAAACUCCUAUAGUGGCUGUCAGUACAAUAAUGACAAGAUCCAUUUAAACACUGCAGUGUACUCAUUGGUGUUCCUGCGGAUCAGUAAUGUUUUAUAGGGUUCGAACAAGAGGGAUGUGGCAUCCAGACAUUGAGCUGAAGUGGUCUGGGUGUCUAUAGUGUCCGUUUAAAGCCCUAUUUUGUUAAUUAUUUAAUAGAAACAAAAGCAAGGAUUGUAUCCCAUAGCCAAAUAACAAACUAAGAUGAAGUGGCCAUGGCGCUUACUCUUCCUUUUUUUCCCCCCACAAUCCAACUUUCUCCAAAAUGUUGUUAUUCCAUGAUCAAUUUUCAACAAUUUCUGGUUUGUUUGAAUCGCUUGGAUUAAAUUUACAAAAAAAUGUUUUUUUAAUUAAGCUGGAAAAUGCUUGUACGAGAGAAAGCAACAGUGUCAUAAUUCCUUAAGUAUUCUUGCACAGAAGACAAUAGUUGACAAAUUCAUCUUAUUGUUCUUUGUUUUAUCCAACUAUUUGUAGACCAAAGAGGCCUAUAUUAUAUGCAUAAUUUAAGAACAUUUUGCAAAGCUUCCUUAUUUACUUGGACUUGUUAUUUCUUACAGAUACCCAGUCAACAAGAGGAAACUGCACUUCUGCUUAAUCUCCCCCCCGAUAGAAUCGGACAUGGGACUUUUCUGUGGAACUCACCUGAUAUAGUAGAGAUCGUGAAACAGAAACAAAUUCCUCUUGGUGAGAAAGUACUCUUGUCCUAAAGGGGCAUUGUAACGUCAGAGCUUUUCAGAAGGAUAACAUCUUUAUUAUAUAUAUAUAUAAUUUGAAAUUUUGCUGCAAGUUGUUAUGGCAAAACAUGAUAAAAGGCUGGGACUUUAUAACAGGCUGAUAAGAAACAGAAUCCCCUUUUACCAUUGCGUGUUACCAUAUAAAUACUUUUAAAAUGAAAAAAUGUAAAGGUAUUUUUAUGUUUAUAAUGUUCAUAUGUAUAUAUGAAGAUUUGGUGGGAAAAAAAACAAGUAAUCAAGACAUACAAUUUUAACAAACAUGUUUGACACACGUGAACAGUAAGUGAAGAGAGCCCUGCUUAAACAAACUUACAAUCUCAAGGGAUGAGGGACAUCCCAGUCAAUAAAUUGAUGUGUUUGUACCUGAAUGAUGGGAGCGGUGUUAGGGAGGAGAGAGCACUAUAGGUGGGAGAUGGCGUAGGAAGGUUGUAGGGGAUGAGGAGUUUAAGAGGUGAGCUGAUUGCCUUCUCUAAAGAAAUGUGUUUUUUAGGGAUUUUUUGGGCUGCGGAGACUGGGCGAGUUGGAUGUGUAACAAGAGUGCAUUCCAUAAGGAGGGGGCAGGGCUGGGCUAUAUCUGGUAAUGAGUGAGGAGAUGUAAGCAGGGACUGAGAGCUUUGUAAAUAAUCAGGAGCACUUUGAACUAAGUCCUAAAUAAAACGGAAAGCCAGUGUAGAGAAUGACAGAGGGGUGAAGUGUGAGCUAGAUGAGUCUGGCAGAGAUGCUGAUUAUGGAUGGGGGACAUCUGGGCACUUUUCAGGCUGAUAAGCAGUGGGUUACAUGAAUCAAUGUAAAAAACAAUCAGAGUAUUUAUAUUAUUUAUAAUGCUUUAUAUCAUCAAAACAAGAAAUUAAUAUCCCUUAGGAUAUUGUAAGCUCUUAAUGAAAAGUCAUACUUGACAAAGCCCUUUAAAUAGGUAUUGCACAUUGAAUGACACCGUGGAGCAUUGCUGCAAUCAGACAGGGUUUUGUUUUUUGGUUUUUUUGGGACAGAGAAUGCCUGAAAUGAUAAUAGUUUGCAGAGCCACUAAACAUGUUUAAAUGUAAUUAUUUUUGUUAUUUGUUUCAAUAAUCUAUUAAUCAUUAUUAGUCUAUCCUAAAAGCCUCACACAGUUGAUGUAUAUGAGUGCUUAUUAAAGUGUAAGUGUUAUAUCGAUCGACUGUGCUAAAAAAAAUUAAUCUCUUAGCUGCUACCACACUGUAAUGUGCAAUUCUCCAAAAAUCACAUCAAAGGCAGAAUUUUGUUUGUACCAGAUUCAGUGGAGCGCUUAAAUAUGUGCAUAAAACUUUAUAGUACACCUAGUGCAAACAAGGAUAUAAGGUAGGUGUGUGUGUGUGUGUGUGUGUGUGUGUGUGUGUGUAUAUGUAUGUAUGUAUGUAUAUAUAUAUAUAUAUAUAUAUAUAUAUAUAUAUAUAUAUAUAUAUAUAUACAUAUACAUUUUUUUUUCCCCAAUGUUGUGUAUACCUUAUAGUACCCUUAUGUACACAAGUGUAAUAUACACAUAAAUUGGAACACUCACAUAUUCCAGAGCUAUAACCUAGCUCUGGGAGUUAUUUGCCUCUAGGUCCGUUUAGGUGACCUGCCCCUUUUCUUUUUCAUGAAAAUAUUUGUUACAAACGGUAUCACACUAUAUAUAAAUCUCUUUCCUUGAGAUACUGCAUACUACUGCUGAAUACACAAGAAAACUCCUUAACGACUCUCCAUAAAGAAACAUUGAAUGUUCAAGGAUAUGUAAAAAAUACCGUAUGUGUAUGUAUAUGUGUGUGUGUGUGUGUAUAUAUGUGUGUAUAUAUAUAUAUAUAUAUAUAUAUAUAUAUAUAUAUAUAUAUAUAUAUAUAUUCCUUGUACUAUUAAGUUUUAUGCACAUAUUUAAGCACUCCACUGAAUCUGGUACAAAAAAUAUCCUAGAAGCCUCCAUCAUCUAAUCCAAUGUGUGCCUUGGCUUUGCCAGGAUUGAACUGGAUUGUGAUAUUAUUUACAAAAUCUUUAAUCUGCAUUACAAAAACAGAUCAUCACAUGAACACAAGUUAUCUCUAAUUAUUAAUGCUUUAUUUAGUGGUGUAAUUUCUAGAAAAGUGACAGUUCUAUUUUAGAUUAUACAUCAACCUACACACGUAGGCAAGUAGCUAUGCAUAAAGCAGCUGUGUAGUGGUAAGAAGGUAAUAUUAAUAUAUUUUCUUAAUAUAUUUUCUUUUGAUGUUUAGAGUUUCUAGCGAACUUCAGAAAUGGUGAAGGGGUUCGCCUGCUUUGCGAUGCUCAUGAUGAUCCAUGACUGCAAAGUAGAAUGUCAUUUUUAAAAUAUAGAGAGGGAAUGAAUAAUGUAUAAUCCAUACUAAGUACAGCUAGCUUUAUUUAUCAAAGUAAAGACUAGUGGCAUGUCCUAUCUUCAGUGUCUAGUAUUGGAUUGAUCUUUAUAGCACGUGACUGUGUUCAAAAUCAGACACUGAAAAGUUUUGGCAUUACAGUGCAUCCUGUCCACACACCUUCACAUCUGUCUUGUGUGACUUUUCCCUUUGCCACCCAAGGCCAUGUCCCACAAAGGAGUCUAUUCUCUUAAUUCCCAAUGUUAGGAAGGGCAGGCUUUGCUUGCAAGGGGAGAAUCAGAGAAGUCUUGUCACCAGUGUACUGAGCGUGCUUACGACCGGCGUAUGAUAUGCACAGAAUUGACAUUUGGCAGUCCGGAACAGAGUUAUUUGCACUUUUGUGCCUGGGGCACUCUGUUUGUGCAGUGUUUCAAGUCAAAGGGGUCAUGGACAAUUCCUUUCUCUGUGACCACUGCAAAAAGCAGAAGUGGUCAUGGACGUUCUGGUAACCGUUUAAGUAAGUCUUAUGAUUUAUAAAGCAGGUGGCUGCGUUCCUUUUGAAAAAUCUGCCUACCCACAUCAGACUCUACUAGCUUUCAAUACUAUUUCAAAACCCAUCUCUUCACAAAAGAUUAUGGUCUCCCAGUGUAACUUAUAUCUCACAAACCUGUCUCUUAAAGGGCCACACUCCACUCUCUCUCUGCUACUUUGUCACUUGGUUCCUAUCCCCCUCUCUGCCGCCCAUCCUGUUGUGUUUAUUUUAUACCCCACCUCCUCUAGACUGUAAGAUCGUUUGAGUAGGAUCCUUAUUAACUUAUUGUUCCUGAAACAGUUUGUAAUUGUCUCAUUUAUCGUUAAAGUUUCCUCCUUUACUCCAUGGCACAGGGAGGGGUGGGACUACCCUCGGUCUGGAAUUACCACAGGGCCACACAUCUACAGCGCAUAGUGGAAUGGCAUGUGUCCAGGACAACCAAGACCUGGAUACACAUGGAAAGAGCCCAGAUGGAAGGGGCGCUCCCGGCUUUAAUUUGGAGAUACGAACCUAUCAGAGACACAUUAGCACAGCACCAUCCGUUCAUAGGUGCGACCCUGAAAAUCUGGUGCGCGAUAAGGACGAAACUUAUGCUCACCACUGUACCGGGGCCUCUGACCCCAGUGGCGCACAACCCGGAGGUGGCGGGAGGCCUAGCACACGCGGAACUUCUCGCGUUCGGAGGCACUGACUGGUCCUAUAUGCAACAGUGGUGCUCAAGGGACGAUCUCAAACAACUACCAGACCUGAUGGGGGACAGGAUCCCGACUCCCUUAGAUAGGUUACGCUACUUCCAAGUCAAGUCAUACUAUAAAGCACAAAACGGGAAACAUCUCUUCCACAGACCCCUGUCAGAGUUUGAGGGACUUCACAAAUAGGACACGUCCCCCUAGGGGGAUCUCACUCUUAUAUGCCCUGCUAAUAGCGGCAACCCCACUGGAACCGGCAAAACACGCUGCACACUGGGAGAAAGCCACGGGAAUCACGCUCACUGACCCAGAAUAUGGUCGAAAAUAUACAUACUGACGCAUCAAAGUUCCAUGUGCUCUAAAAUGCAGGCGUUGAACUACAAACUGCUCACCGGAUGGUACCGGACCCCAGACAGGCUACACCGUAUGCUACCUGAUGUCCCGGAUACGUGCUGGAGAUGUGGGGGAAGGCCGGGUACAGCUCUACACAUCUGGUGGUCCUGUGAUAAGAUCUCCCCAUUCUGGAAGGAAGUUCACAAGACGAUACAAGAGGUAACGGACAGCGACCUUCCUUUCCAGCCACUCCGGAUGCUGCUUCACCAUACCCCGAUGCCCAUCUCACGAUAUAAAUCCUCCUUAACCAAGCACCUCCUCAACGCCGCCAAACUCAUGAUCCCGGUUCGAUGGCGAUCUCCCCAGGUGCCUACCAUUCAGCAGUGGAUGGACAAAGUGGAAGAGAUACACGAGAUGGAGAGGCUCACGGCGACACUCAGGGACAAAUUGGACAAAUACCAGUAAUGUUGGACCCCAUGGAUACUCUAUCUGUCCAGACGAUAGGAAGGACAUCGGGGAGAGGAGCCGGGCAUCCGGAUGGGUCGGGGGUGGGUGGCGAUCAUCUGGGCCUGGGGGGUGGGGCGUCCCGGGGGAGCACUGCUCCUCCCCCCAUUUGCCUUCCCUUCCCUCACCCUAAGCACUCAGCUGGCGUCACGGGGGCGGGAUGGGGGGGCGAUAGGGGAGAUGCAUAACCAUGAAGACCCACAUUGGGGGGCGGGGUGGAAGGGGGGGAUCUGGAACCCCGACAUGUCGAAGGAACAAGAGGGUGGACCGAGAGACCAGAUAGGCUAGCCCCCAAGAAAAUAAAAAGGAACAAACUCAAAGGGAAUGCACCAUUGUAACGCACCAAAGAUGAGGAGCAUACAGGUGACACUAGCGGAGGCGAGUAUCCGUAGAGUACCUGAGCACACCAGGCCCUAUGCCACGCAGGUUCUGACUGACUGAGAGGGUUGGCCCUCAUGGGAACGUAUAUGCAUCACCGAAGCGAUGAGGGCGGAGACACGCCCGGUCUGCCAGUUACCCAUCUAAUGGGCGCAGCUGCCUCGAGCAGGCCUGUAUAGCCCGAGAUGCCUGACGGGAUGAGACGGGCCAGCCCUACAUUUCCUCACACACUGCCCCAAGUCAAGACAAAAAAUUUUUAGGGACAUGGACAGGCGGGCAUAGACUCAGCUAACCGCAUGCUGGCUUAUAGACCACAACAACUGGCAGAGCAGGGGCACACUCAGCUUACACUAGCACUAGCCUUUCGAGACCGCAACAUAGCAGAUGACACUAACUCCGAGAGUAGGGGACAAUUAGAAAGGGUAAGCUACAUGAGACUACAUUAAUGCCAAGGACAGUGCUCCUAACUUAGCCACUCACAUAACAAAACACCGCAGCUGAAGUUGUUUUACGCAUACCUAAUGUUUAACAGGCAUGUUAUACUUGUUAUACAUUAUAUGUCGCCAUAUCACUGUUCGGCAUCAAAAAACAAAAAUAAAGAUUGUCAAAAAAAAAAAAAAAGUUUCCUCCUUUACUAUAUUGCAAAGUGCUGAGAAUAAGUUGGCGCUAUAUAAAUGCCAAUAAUAAUGGUUGGACACACAUGAGCAAAAACAAAAAUAGGUCCCGGCACCAACAAGCUACCUUGCCUUGACGUAAACUUUUGUUGAUUACAAUAAACUUCACAUUCUUACUUGUGACCAUUUUCUGAGAUUUGUCUUGCUAUACACCAGAGCAUCCCUUUUUGAUUACUGGGUAAGCUAACUUAAUAUCUUUACCUUAUGUGUGUACUGAUAUGACAUUCAGUGCUCUGGGAUUGGGUGAGUUAUAGGAUUUUCACAGAUAACUGGAUUGGCAUUGCCAACAUAUUGCUACAGAAAAUGUUUCGGAAUUAACUGUAUUAAUCAAACAAGUUGUUCUGUUAGUACCUCUAUCUAGAAUUAUGCAGACUGUAACAUUGCAGAAGGUAUGAGCUGUCAAGGACUGAUGGGCAAAUAAUUUGGUAGGUUCUGUAAAAACAAUCUGUGGCCUUUUUAUCCAUUUUACUACUCACUGUAUUAAAUCGAAUUAAGCUGGUCGUGACUCACUGAUGUAGGUAUGCACAGAAUAACAAGACGUGCAUUUGAUGACACAGUUAACCUCCCAUCUCUAAUCGACAAAGCUUGCCACACCACAUUAAUCCAAUAAGUGGUUCUAAUUGGGUGCAGCAGAUUUCAAAAGAUGUUACUGGAAAUGUGAUAAAUGACUUAUCAUUGCCAGGUUUUCACGAAAACAAAACAGAAUUCAUUUCUACACAUUUAUUUACAGAUCUCGUAGCCAUGUUGAUUGUAGUUGGUUCUGUAUCCAUGGUCUUAAGUAUAUACAAUAUCGACCAAGAGUGUGUAACCUUGGUACCUCAUAUCUUCUUUAUGGUUUAUAGUUGACUUUGCUUGGCAUCAGGAGAAAUUUAGAAAUGUACUAUUAUCUACAGUACGGACUUCCAACCUCUGGUAUGGACAAAUCCAGAGGUUCUGUAUGCCAUAACCCGACCUGACAUCUAGCAGAGCUUGAUCCAGUUGGAUUUUAUAUGAAAGCCAUUUAGUUAUAGAUGUUGAUUGUUUUUCUUUAUUAAUGCAGUUUUGUGUCAAAUAUUAAUGGUUUUAAAAAGAUACUCUACCUCUUGGUUGUAAUGGUUUGUUUGCUAUUUACCACUGAAACGGAUAGCUAGCACUAAGAUAUCCGGAUUAUUCACUAAAGUGUGAAUUGCCCAGGAUUUAAAAUAAAUCCAAAGAGUGUCAAACUUUGGACCAAAAUAGCCCAACUGGAAUCGUAGCUAACUUGGAGAAGUUUACAAAUUUGGCUGGUGUGGCUUCAAAUGUAAAAUUCUUGUGAAACAAUACAGACCUGGCACUUUUUUUCCCCUAAAAUGAUUAAUCUGUUCAAUGCACUUUCAGUAUAGAUCUGUUUUAGGCUCCAUAAAAGCAGUCACUCAGUGGGCAGCCACACAAUGGUGCAAAGGUACGUUUUUCUAAAAGGAGUACUGAGCAUAAUCUGGUCCAAAUCUUACCUAUAUUUAUCUGUAAAGAGCAUGUAUUCUUAUUUUUUUUUUUAUCUGAACAAGCACUGUUAUUUAUAUAACUUAUUGUAUGUCUAUCUUUUUGUGUAGAGCUCUGUUUGACUUCAAACAUUAAAGGACAGACUGUGCCAUCAUUCGACAAACAUCAUUUUGGGUUCUGGUAUAACUUGGGUCAUCCAUCUGUGCUGUGUGUAAGGAACCUUCUUGUUAAUAAAACACCUGUAUUAUUGGCUAGAUCAUUAUAGUAGAAUUAUGCAUGAUAUGUAAUGAAAACUGUAAUGUAUUGAAUGUUACCGUGUAAAUACAAAUACAGCUAGUAUAAAAUCCACAAAGCAACAUCACCAGAUGAUUUAAAGGCCAACCCCAUACAAGAUCUUUCCAGGGUUAUAGUACAAACCAUUGUUAAGGGACAGAUUGUAUGAAUGUUGCAUACUGUAGUAUUUGUUUGUAGUGUUCUGGCAGACAGUUUGAGAAUUCGAAACAUACAAAAUUAAGCCCUGUGCUCAAACUCCUGGGCGGCAGAAUGACUAUAGUACAAAUCAGCCUAAUACAUACAGUAAAAAUCAAAGAAAAAAGGUUACUUGCAUACUAUCCCAAAUCCCUAUUCACAUAUAAAUCACUGGAGGUUUUUAGUAUUACUCCAGUGGCCAUUAAAGUGUAAGCUCACCUGCCAUGUCAAGGCAAAACCUCUUAGGCAAGUCAUACACUAAAAAUCCACAUGAGAUGGGGUAAACUAACAAGCAAAUUGGAAAAUUCCGACCUAAAUAGCGGAUCUGGAAUAAUAACAGAUUUGGAAAAGUUUCCAUUUGUACUAUUUUGGCCUAUUUUUUUUCCUGUUCAUUGUAAAUUCAGACUACAUCAUGUAAGGAAACAACCGUUAUAUUGUUUGGGAUAGAUUUUUUUAAAAAAAAAUUUAUACCACAUUUUAAUGCAUAUAUAGUUUGCUGCCUUGCAAAACCAUUCAGAAUGUAUAUUUUUUGCAGACUGAUGACAAAGGCGUUUUUGCCACCGAUCUUUCGCUGGAAUAUCAACUCGCUGCUAAUACAUUCAACUUGAACUCACAACAAGUGUGGGACCUGUCAUAUCAGGCCAUAGAUUAUAUCUUUGCAUCAGAAAGUGAUAAAUCACACUUGAAGGAGAAGUGGAACAUGCUAAAAUCAGACGUAUUUAACCACAUCCUGUGAAUGCCGAACUAAACUGGAGGAAACUAUAGAGCUUGAAUUGUAACAAGAGACUGCAAGAAAAGAACAACAUUCUAGAUCUCAGAGUAAAUGUUGCAGGAUACGUCAUUAGCCUGUGAGUCACACAAAUAGUUUUUAUUAUGACUUUUUAUUAGCUAAUGCAAGUUUUAAAUGGAUUUUAAACUAUUUCUUCCAUUGAAAAUAAUACAAAUAUUAAAUUACGUUGUGUUCUUUUUGUCAAGUGUAAUAUACAGUAAGUAUUUUAAAGUAAAUUGAUUUGCAUACAAAAUGGAUUCGCUGUCAUUAUUCAUUUAGUAUUUAUAUUACAUAACCACGUCUGACAAGCAAAAUACAGAGUACAC